CGUAAUGGCCCUGUGCUCGUCAUCAGCGCAGCCUACUACUUCUUUAAACCCAACUACAGUGGCAUGGACCAGAAGGUGCGUCUAGUGCUGCUUGAUAUCUGUUUGACGUCUUGUGCAUCGUCUGUUUGAUAUUGAAUUAUUAGUUUACGUUGCACAAAAUCAAAAGAAAGCUAAACCUAACCUGAAACUGUGAACAAGGGCCUACAGUAAAACAGUUGUAAAAUCCUGGCACCGAUGGUGGAGCCUUCUCUACCUGAAAUGCAAUUUUGGUAACAGAAAACAGGAGAUUCACAAACACAUUUUCAGUGCAUGGUCCUUUGAAAGGAACAGUGCGCCAUCUCACAAGUAUUCCACAUACAAUGGGAGCAGUCAAUAGAACAUUUAAACAAUUGAGUUCACACAGUGAGUCAGAUUUUGAGGUUCUGAACUUGUAAUUGUAUUAAAGGCUUGAUUUCUGUAGUAAGAUGGUUAGCCUAUUUGAUUAGGCUGUAUUAGAUAGGCUAGUAUUAUUCCUGCAGUAUUACACUGUUGUUAUCAUGUUAUUUUUUCAGUGAUAGAAUAAUGGUAAAAUACUGCACACAUGAGAACGGUAGAAAGACGAUACAGUGCUCUUACCUGUAUAGGUUACAUUUCUCACAGAAUAAAAAAGUCCUACAUUUGUAGCAAUGUUUUCAUUGAAACAGACAUGUUGGCCCCCACACCUAGAGUUCACAAAGAUAAAUAAAAAACAGUCACUUCAUCUAGGCAUAGACAAAAAUUAUUGUAUGUCUUGUGGGGAAAUAAAUCCAUGAUUUGAAAGCAGACAGUUUCUCUUUUUUUUGUGGUGUUUGGGCUAUCAUGACAAAAUCAGAUUUUUUUGUCUAUUGUUUGACAUGUGUGUCAUUCCUGCAAAAGGGGCAGGUUGGACAUCCUGUGUAGUGUACUGACAUCCUGUGUCACAUCACUACACUUUGUGGCAUAUUGGUAGGCUCGAUAUGAGGACAAAGAUAAAGUAUUUAAAGAGAAAGUGAUCCAAGGUUAAUGAGUGACUUAAAGAACGUGUGUCCUUCACACACACACACACACACACAGCCAUGUGUUCCUUUGUCUAGGGAAACUGAUUUGCUGUCUUUUGGUAACUGAGCUGUAUGUUUUGUCUCUCCUGGUGUGGGUCUAUGAGCAGUUCUGGCUUUAUCGGUUGAUCUUGAACUCAUGAGGAAGUUUGUCUGUGGGUUUGGCAUUGUGCAGCUGGAGGCAAGUGGGUCAGUGUGGUGGGCGGGCGCUGACGCUUGCUGAGGGCCUGUUAUCGCAGGUGUUUGGCUUCUCAAAGGACAUGGCUGCAUGGGCUGCAUCAACGCCCCUCAGUCACCUCCCUACUGCUCAUUCAGUCCUAUCACCUCUCCAAAUUGAUUCUUAGAUGUUUAAAGCUCUUUAUUUGUACUCUGACUCUAGCUCUGAUUUGACCCAUUGAUUGGGUAUAUUAUAGCUUUGGAAACGAAAAAUAUACACUACCAGUCAAAAGUUUGGACACACCUACUCAUUCAAGGUUUUUAUAUUUAUAUGUUUUAUUUAUUUUUACUAUUUUUUACAUUGUAGAAUAAUAGUGAAGACAUCAAAACUAUGAAAUAACACAUAUGGAAUCAUGUAGUAACCAAAAAAGUGUUAAAUAAAUCAAAAUAUAUUUUAUAUUUGAGAUUCUUCAAAUAGCCACCCUUUGCCUUGAUGACAGCUUUGCACACUCUUGGCAUUCUCUCAAUCAGCUUCAUGAGGUAGUCACCUGGAAUGCAUUUCAAUUAACAGGUGUGCCUUGUUAAAAGUUAAUUUGUGGAAUUUCUUUCAUUUUUAAUGCAUUUGAGCCAAUCAGUUGUGUUGUGACAAGGUGGGGGUGGUAUACAGAAGAUGUCUCUAUUUGGGAAAAGACCAAGUCCAUAUUAUGGCAAGAACAGCUCAAAUAAGCAAAGAGAAACGACAGUCCAUCAUUACUUUAAGACAUGAAGGUCAGUCAAUAUGGAAAAUGUCAAGAACUUUGAACGUUUCUUCAAGUGCAGUCGCAAAGAACGUCAAGCACUAUGAUGAAACUGGCUUUCAUGAGGACCCCCACAGGAAUGGAAGACCCAGAGUUUCCUCUGCUGCAGAGGAUAAGUUCAUUAGAGUUACCAGUCUCAGAAAUUGCAGCCCAAAUAAAUGCUUCACAGAGUUCAAGUAACAGACACAUCUCAACAUUAACUGUUCAGAGGAGACUGUGUGAAUCAGGCCUUCAUGGUCGAAUUGCUGCAAAGAAACCACUACUAAAGGACACCAAUAAUAAGAAGAGACUUGCUUGGGCCAAGAAACACGAGCAAUGGACAUUAGACCGGUGGAAAGUUGUCCUUUGGUCUGGAGUCCAAAUUGGAGAUUUUUGGUUCCAACCGCCGUGUCUUUGUGAGACGCGGUGUGGGUGAACGGAUGAUCUCCGCAUGUGUAGUUCCCACCGUAAAGCAUGGCGGACGAGGUGUUAUGGUGUGGGGGUGCUUUGCUGGUGACACUGUCUGUGAUUUAUUUAGAAUUCAAGGCACACUUAACCAGCAUGGCUACCACAGCAUUCUGCAGCGAUACGCCAUCCCAUCUGGGUUGGGUUUAGUGGGACUAUCAUUUGUUUUUCAAUAGGACAAUGACCCAACACACCACCAGGUUGUGUAAGGGCUAUUUUACCAAGAAGGAGAGUGAUAGAGUGCUGCAUCACAUGACCUGGCCUCCACAAUCCUCCAACCUCAACCAAAUUGAGAUGGUUUGGGAUGAGUCAGACCGCAGAGUGAAGGAAAAGCAGCCAACAAGUGCUCAGCAAAUGUGGGAACUCCUUCAAGACUGUUGGAAAAGCAUUUCAGGUGAAGCUGGUUGAGAGAAUGCCAAGAGUGUUCAAAGUUGUUGAACAAUUCUUUGGUUACUACAUGAUUCUAUAUGUGUUAUUUCAUAGUUUUGAUGUCUUCACUAUUAUUCUACAAUGUAGAAAAUAGUACAAAUAAAUAAAAUACCUUGAAUGAGUAGGUGUUCUAAAACUUUUGACUGGUAGUGUACAUGGCUCUGAAAGUGUGAAAAUAACCUUUUUGUGUUCACUAGAAAACUGAUUGCGAAGUUUUGAAAACGAUAGGCCGUGGCCCUGUGUUCAUGUGACCUACCGGUCGGUAUGUACUGUAGUGCGGCUGCAUGCUGACGACCUCUGUGUGAGUGAACACAUCUGUUUGUUGUUGGUGAGAUCCUUCAAUGUGUCAGGCGGACUGGGAAGGGAAUGCCCUACGCAACAAUGAUGCUGCUGCUGCCAUUUUAGAGAUCUCACUUUGGACAUCAUGUAUUAAUGAAGUGAUGGCGAGACUACUGAUUCAUAAUUCAUGGAGCAGUAUGGGAGGGAUUUGUGUUUUUGUCUCAGCGAAGGUGUUUGUAUGAUUUAAAAAUGAAUCAUCAAUGGAACAGUCACCAAGUCAUAGGAUUUCCCCCAAAUGUCCCCAAAAUAAUUUAUAUCAGAAAUCCGCAGGAACUCUUUUCCACACCAAUUAAAAUCCUGAAAACAACCCCCAAACAGUCUAGCUAUAGUAGGGAUGCCCAGGCCCCUUGCCUGGAUGUGACCCGCCUACAGUGUCUGUCUCGUAAGACCCCCUUACAGUGGGGAAAAAAAGUAUUUAGUCAGCCACCAAUUGUGCAAGUUCUCCCACUUAAAAAGAUGAGAGAGGCCUGUAAUUUUCAUCAUAGGUACACGUCAACUAUGACAGACAAAUUGAGAUUUAUUUUCUCCAGAAAAUCACAUUGUAUGAUUUUGUAUGAAUUUAUUUGCAAAUUAUGGUGGAAAAUAAGUAUUGGUCAAUAACACAAGUUUUUCCAAUACUUUGGUUAUAUACCCUUUGUUGGCAAUGACCCUGUCAAAACGUUUCUGAAGUUUUACAGGUUUUCACACACUGUUGCUGGUUUUUGGCCAUCCCUCCUAUGCCAGAUUCAUCUAGAGCAGUGAUGUUUGGGCGGCCGGGAAACAAAUUUAACUCCCUCAAAGAGUUCUAUGGGGUGAGAUCUGGAGGCUGGCUAGGGCAAAUCACUGGGGAGCCUUAGAAAUGGCUGCAAUACAAGACCACAUCUUCCCUCGUUCGGGGGUGGGUUUGGACCAUUGAUGCUGAAAGACCAGCCACGUUUCUCUUCAAUGCCCUGCGGUGGAAGGAACAGGUGGUUUACCUAAAAUCUCACGAUACAUGGCCCCAUUCAUAUUUCCUUACACGGAUCGAGCCCGGGUCCCUUUGCAGAAAAACAGCCCCAAAGCAUGAUGUUUCCACCCCCAUGCUUCACAGUAGGUAUGGUGUCUUUGGAUGCAACUCAGCAUUCUUUGUCCUCCAAACACGACGAGUUGAGUUUUUACCAAAAAGUUAUAUUUUGGUUUCAUCUGACCAUAUGACAUUCUCCCAACCCUCUUCUGGAUCAUCCAAAUGCACUCUAGCAAACUUCAGACGGGCCUGGACAUGUACUGGCUUAAGCAGGGGGACACAUCUGGCACUGCAGGAUUUGAGUCCCUGGCGGCGUAGUGUGUUACUGAUGGUAGGCUUUGUUACUUUGGUCCCAGCUCUCUGCAGGUCAUUCACUAUGUCCCCCCGUGUGGUUCUGGGAUUUUUGCUCACCGUUCUUGUGAUCAUUUUGACCCCACGGGGUGAAAUCUUGCGUGGAGCCCCAGAUCGAGGGAGAGAAUCAGUGGUCUUGUAUGUCUUACAUUUCCUAAUAAUUGCUCCCACAGUUGAUUUCUUCAAACCAAGCUGCUUACCUAUUGCAGAUUCAGUCUUCCCAGCCUGGUGCAGGUCUACAAUUUUGUUUCUGGUGUCCUUUACAGCUCUUUGGUCUUGGCCAUAGUGGAGUUUGGAGUGUGACUGUUUGAGGUUGUGGACAGGUGUCUUUUAUACUGAUAACAAGUUCAAACAGGUGUCAUUAAUACAGGUAACGAGUGGAGGACAGAGGAUCCUCUUAAAGAAGAAGUUACAGGUCUGUGAGAGCCAGAAAUCUUGCUUGUUUGUAGGUGACCAAAUACUUAUUUUCCACCAUAAUUUGCAAAUAAAUUCAUUAAAAAUCCUACAAUGUGAUUUUCUGGAUUUUUUUUCCUCAUUUUGUCUGUCAUAGUUGACGUGUACCUAUGAUGAAAAUUACAGGCCUCUCUCAUCUUUUUAAGUGGGAGAACCUGCACAAUUGGUGGCUGACUAAAUACUUUUUCCCCCCACUGUAUAUAGCACUACUCUUUAUGCUGCAUGAUAUCUUACUCUUUACACCCCUCUCCUAUCAGGCUCUUUGAGUCUGCUUUCGCUCGGCCCCUGUCCCAUCUCACCUAAAUCGUGCACUAUGGCAAGGUUCCCCAUUAUUUUAAUGGAUGGACAUAAUAUACUGUAAAAACACCAGCAAAUUUUAACUUUGAAAAUCUGUUCCAAAGUAUUCCCACACAAUAUAUACAGUGGGGUGAACAAGUAUUUGAUACACUGCCGAUUUUGCAGGUUUUCCUACUUACAAAGCAUGUAGAGGUCUGUAAUUUUUAUCAUAGGUACACUUCAACUGUGAGAGACGGAAUCUAAAACAAAAAUCCAGAAAAUCACAUUGUAUGAUUUUUAAGUAAUUAAUUUGCAUUUUAUUGCAUGACAUAAGUAUUUGAUCACCUACCAACCAGUAAGAAUUCCGACUCUCACAGACCUGUUAGUUUUUCUUUAAGAAGCCCUCCUGUUCUCCACUCAUUACCUGUAUUAACUGCACCUGUUUGAACUUGUUACCUGUAUAAAAGACACCGUCCACACACUCAAUCAAACAGACUCCAACCUCUCCACAAUGGCCAAGACCAGAGAGCUGUGUAAGGACAUCAGGGAUAAAAUUGUAGACCUGCACAAGGCUGGGAUGGGCUACAGGACAAUAGGCAAGCAGCUUGGUGAGAAGGCAACAACUUUUGGUGCAAUUAUUAGAAAAUGGAAGAAGUUCAAGAUGACGGUCAAUAACCCUCGGUCUGGGGCUCCAUGCAAGAUCUCACCUCGUGGGGCAUCAAUGAUCAUGAGGAAGGUGAGGGAUCAGCCCAGAACUACACGGCAGGACCUGGUCAAUGACCUGAAGAGAGCUGGGACCACAGUCUCAAAGAAAACCAUUAGUAACACACUACGCCGUCAUGGAUUAAAAUCCUGCAGCGCACGCAAGGUCCCCCUGCUCAAGCCAGCGCAUGUCCAGGCCCGUCUGAAGUUUGCCAAUGACCAUCUGGAUGAUCCAGAGGAGGAAUGGGAGAAGGUCAUGUGGUCUGAUGAGACAAAAAUAGAGCUUUUUGGUCUAAACUCCACUCGCCGUGUUUGGAGGAAGAAGAAGGAUGAGUACAACCCCAAGAACACCAUCCCAACCGUGAAGCAUGGAGGUGGAAACAUCAUUCUUUGGGGAUGCUUUUCUGCAAAGGGGACAGGACGACUGCACCGUAUUGAGGGGAGGAUGGAUGGGGCCAUGUAUCGCGAGAUCUUGGCCAACAACCUCCUUCCCUCAGUAAGAGCAUUGAAGAUGGGUUGUGGCUUGGUCUUCCAGCAUGACAACGACCCGAAACACACAGCCAGGGCAACUAAGGAGUGUCUCCGUAAGAAGCAUCUCAAGGUCCUGGAGUGGCCUAGCUUUGGAGGGAGCUGAAAGUCUGUAUUGCCCAGCGACAGCCCCGAAACCUGAAGGAUCUGGAGAAGGUCUGUAUGGAGGAGUGGGCCAAAAUCCCUGCUGUAGUGUGUGCAAACCUGGUCAAGACCUACAGGAAACGUAUGAUCUCUGUAAUUGCAAACAAAAGUUUCUGUACCAAAUAUUAAGUUCUGCUUUUCUGAUGUAUCAAAUAUUUAUGUCAUGCAAUAAAAUGCAAAUGAAUUACUUACAAAUCAUACGAUGUGAUUUUCUGGAUUUUUGUUUUAGAUUCCGUCUCUCACAGUUGAAGUGUACCUAUGAUAAAAAUUACAGACCUCUACAUGCUUUGUAAGUAGGAAAACCUGCAAAAUCGGCAGUGUAUCAAAUACUUGUUCUCCACACUGUAUAUAUGUAUGUGUGUGUCUCUGUGUGUGUGUGUGUGUGUGUGUGUGUGUGUGUGUGUGUGUGUGUGUGUGUGUAUGGUAGGUUUAUUUGAACAGUGAGAGACAGAAUAACAACAAAAAAAUCCAGAAAAACGCAUGUCAAAAAUGAUAUAAAUUGAUUUUCAUUUUAACGAGGGAAAUAAGUAUUUGACCCCUCUGCAAAACAUGACUUAGUACUUGGUCGCAAAACCCUUGUUGGCAAUCACAGAGGUCAGACGUUUCUUGUAGUUGGCCACCAGGUUUGCACACAUCUCAGGAGGGAUUUUGUUCCACUCCUCUUUGCAGAUCUUCUCCAAGUCAUUAAGGUUUCGAGGCAGACGUUUGGCAACUCGAACCUUCAGCUCCCUCCACAGAUUUUCUAUGGGAUUAAGGUCUGGAGACUGGCUAGGCCCCUCCAGGACCUUAAUGUGCUUCUUCUUGAGCCACUCCUUUGUUGCCUUGGCCGUGUGUUUUGGGUCAUUGUCAUGCUGGAAUACCCAUCCACGAGCCAUUUUCAAUGCCCUGGCUGAGGGAAGGAGGUUCUCACCCAAGAUUUGACGGUACAUGGCCCCGUCCAUCGUCUCUUUGAUGCGGUGAAGUUGUCCUGUCCCCUUAGCAGAAAAACAUCCCCAAAGCAUAAUGUUUCCACCUCCAUGUUUGACGGUGGUGAUGGUGUUCUUGGGGUCUUAGGCAGCAUUCCGCCUCCUCCAAACACGGCGAGUUGAGUUGAUGCCAAAGAGCUCGAUUUUGGUCUCAUCUGACCACAACACUUUCACAGAGUUCUCCUCUGAAUCAUUCAGAUCUUCAUUGGCAAACUUCAGACGCCCUGUAUAUGUGCUUUCUUGAGCAGGGGGACUUUGCGGGCACUGCAGGAUUUCAGUCCUUCACGGCGUAAUGUGUUACCAUGUGACUAUGGUCCCAGCUGCCUUGAGAUCAUUGACAAGAUCCUCCCGUGUAGUUCUGGGCUGAUUCCUCACCGUUCUCAUGAUCAUUGCAACUCCACGAGGUGAGAUCUUGCAUGGAGCCCCAGGCCGAGGGAGAUUGAAAGUACUUUUGUGUUUCUUCCAUUUGCAAAUAAUCGCACCAACUGUUGUCACCUUCUCACCAAGCUGCUUGGCGAGGGUCUUGUAGCCCAUUCCAGCCUUGUAUAGGUCUACAAUCUUGUCCUUGACAUCCUUGGAGAGCUCUUUGGUCUUGGCCAUGGUGGAGAGUUUGGAAUCUGAUUGAUUGAUUGCUUCUGUGGACAGGUGUCUUUUAUACAGGUAACAAGCUGAGAUUAGGAGCACUCCCUUUAAGAGUGUGCUCCUAAUCUCAGCUCGUUACCUGUAUAAAAGACACCUGGGAGCCAGAAAUCUUUCUGAUUGAGAGGGGGUCAAAUACUUAUUUCCCUCAUUAAAAUGCAAAUCAAUUUAUUACAUUUUUGACAUGCGUUUUUCUGGAUUUUUAUUCUGUCUCUCACUGUUCAAAUAAACCUACCAUUAAAAUUAUAGACUGAUCAUUUCUUUGUCAGUGGGCAAACGUACAAAAUCAGCAGGGGAUCAAAUACUUUUUUCCCUCACUGUGUAUGUACAGUGGGGGAAGAAAGUAUUUAGUCAGCCACCAAUUGUGCAUUUUCUCCCACUUAAAAAGAUGAGAGAGGCCUGUAAUUUUCAUCAUAGGUACACGUCAACUAUGACAGACAAAUUGACAUUUUUUUUCUCCAGAAAAUCACAUUGUAGGAUUUUUCAUGAAUUUAUUUGCUAAUUAUGGUGGAAAAUAAGUAUUUGGUCACCUACAAACAAGCAAGAUUUCUGGCUCUCACAGACCUGUAACUUCUUCUUUAAGAAGCUCCUCUGUCCUCCACUCGUUACCUGUAUUAAUGGCAGCUGUUUGAACUUGUUAUCAGUAUAAAAGACACCUGUCCACAACCUCAAACAGUCACACUCCAAACUCCACUAUGGCCAAGACCAAAGAGCUGUCAAAGGACACCAGAAACAAAAUUGUAGACCUGCACCAGGCUGUGAAGACUGAAUCUGCAAUAGGUAAGCAGCUUGGUUUGAAGAAAUCAACUGUGGGAGCAAUUAUUAGGAAAUGGAAGACAUACAAGACCACUGAUAAUCUCCCUCGAUCUGGGGCUCCACGCAAGAUCUCAUCCCGUGGGGUCAAAAUCAUCACAAGAACAGUGAGCAAAAAUCCCAGAACCACACGAGGGGACCUAGUGAAUGACCUGCAGAGAGCUGGGACCAAAGUAACAAAGCCUACCAUCAGUAACACACUACGUGGGGACUCAAAUCCUGCAGUGCCAGACGUGUCCCACUGCUUAAGCCAGUACAUGUCCAGGCCCGUCUGAAGUUUGCUAGAGUGCAUUUGGAUGAUCCAGAAGAGGAUUGGGAGAAUGUCAUAUGGUCAGAUGAAACCAAAAUAUAACUUUUUGGUAAAAACUCAACUCGUCGUGUUUGGAGGACAAAGAAUGCUUAGUUGCAUCCAAAGAACACCAUACCUACUGUGAAGCAUGGGGGUGGAAACAUCAUGCUUUGGGGCUGUUUUUCUGCAAAGGGACCAGGACGACUGAUCCGUGUAAAGGAAAGAAUGAAUGGGGCCAUGUAUCGUGAGAUUUUGAGUGAAAACCUCCUUCCAUCAGCAAGGGCAUUGAAGAUGAAACGUGGCUGGGUCUUUCAGCAUGACAAUGAUCCCAAACACACCGCCCGGGCAACGAAGGAGUGGCUUCGUAAGAAGCAUUUCAAGGUCCUGGAGUGGCCUAGCCAGUCUCCAGAUCUCAACCCCAUAGAAAAUCUUUGGAGGGAGUUGAAAGUCCGUGUUGCCCAGCGACAGCCCCAAAACAUCACUGCUCUAGAGGAGAUCUGCAUGGAGGAAUGGGCAAAAAUACCAGCAACAGUGUGUGAAAACCUUGUGAAGACUUACAGAAAACGUUUGACCUGUGUCAUUGCCAACAAAGGGUAUAUAACAAAGUAUUGAGAAACUUUUGUUAUUGACCAAAUACUUAUUUUCCACCAUAAUUUGCAAAUAAAUUCAUUAAAAAUCCUACAAUGUGAUUUUCUGGAAAAAAAAAUCGAAUUUUGUCUGUCAUAGUUGACGUGUACCUAUGAUGAAAAUUACAGGCCUCUCUCAUCUUUUUAAGUGGGAGAACUUGCACAAUUGGUGGCUGACUAAAUACUUUUUUCCCCCACUGUGUGUGUGUAUAUAUAUAUAUAUAUAUAUAUAUAUAUAUAUAUAUAUAUAUAUAUAUAUAUAUAUAUAUAGUAUGUGUGUGUAAGCAAGAUUUGAAAUUAUUAUGUUUUAGUCUAAUAUUACUGUAUAUCUGUUUGAGCUUCCUGCGGUCAAUUUGCGGUAUACAAAUUAUUUGUAAUUAUGUUCCGGCCUCCUGACCAUUUGCUCGCGGCUGAAUCUAGUUGAUGAUCCCUGCACUAUGGAUUUGUUUUGUCUUAUAGUAAGAUAUUCAAAAUAUGAUCUCUACAAUCUCCUGCAGUAUAAUUUCAGUCACAAAAACUGUCAAAUUAUGAUGUUCCACUUUGUGUCAUUACAGAACCAUUUAUACUCAACUCUGAUGGACAGACCCGUAAUUAUGCUGUCGACAUUAUGCUUCUGUUUUCCACAUCCUACUUUAUGAGUCCAACUCAUGUGCUGACCAGGUCCUCUCUGCAAUUCAGGGCCAGAUGUCAAAAUUACUGUUUGUAUAAUAAUCUAAUUAACCACCAUUAUUUAAAAGAGCAUAGUAUGAGUAGAACAUUUGUUUGAUUAAGUAGGACUAUAUAGUAUGAAGUAUGGCGUUUCAAUGUAACAUUCUAGAAUAUCCUGUAAGAACAGUUGCGAUGUUCCUUGGUCGUAUGGAGAGAGGGAAGGAUGGUUUAAACCUGGUCAGGCGAGGGUGAACCAUAGAUGGACCCCUGUUUUUGUAGUGUUAGUGCUCCUGGGUGUUUUGGGAGUCAGGCAGGGGUAAAUAAUGCUCUUAACCAAUUCUUAACUAUACACAUGAGGACAGUGCAGCAGGCUGCAUAGAGAGAGAGUGAUAGAGAGGGGAGGGAGAGGGGGAGAGAGCAAGGCGGCGGAAAAGCAGAGCGCCUCUCAGCUGUCACGUUCUCUUGCUGUAAAGCCAUGUGGAAUGAUAUAACAUUGACGUCACUACCCAGUGACGUACGAGUGUGACUGCAAAAAAAAAGGCAAGUUUUACUAAUCGCCCUGUAGAAUUUAGUGACUGCCUCUAGAUGUGAUGAGAAGGGGAGAGAAUGCACGGAGGAAAAUGCAAAUACUACUAAACGUUGUAUGUAGGAUUGUUUAAAUUAGUCAAAUACAAUGUAUCAUUUAUGCAUCUUUAUUUUUUGUUUUUAACAUGUAAUAUUCUUGAGAAACCAAGGUGAUUUUUUUCUUCUCACUUUGAAUUCUGUUUUUGUUGUUUUUUUGGAAAUAUUUUUAUGAAGAUAAACAUUAAUUGAAUAGAGUUCAAGUGUUGGUAAUUUAUGGUAAUUAUAUUUAGCCUAAACUGAUUGUAAAAUUGCUUGAGUAAAUUUAACAAAUGAGUGCUUUGAUUCAACACAGAUGAUGGAUGACGUGUGUAAUAUCUUAAGUACUGUAUAUUAUGAGAUCAGUUAUUGUUUUUCUAUAUAGUAAGAGAAUAUGUAAUUUGCGUGCAUAUUUCUGGAAUAUGGCACAUAGUUGUUUUAUUCAAUAUUAAAAUAAGGCUACACCAUAUCUUUAGUCAUUCUUUUGAUAAUUUCUAGCAAUUCUGUGAUUUUUGACUGAGUAAAAAAUAUAUAGACCUACUUGUUGUUGUCUGUGAUCCAUCCAACUUAUUUAGUCUAUCUCCUCAACUCAUUUCUUUCUGUGUAGUCUCAGUACAUGAUCUCCUCUUGUGCUCAGCUGUAAUGGGCUCAGAGAUAAGGGGCUCCUGAAUUACAUUUAGGGAAACAAGUCCUAGAAUGCACUGACAGGGUCAAAGCUAUAACAGUCUGUUGGAGCUAGCUACAGUAUAUUGCUUAUGGUGUUGAAUUAGAUUUUCUAUAAUACCAAAUACACCUAUAUACUUUCACUGGCAAUACAAGCAAGACACAUUGUGAACAGAAAUCAACAAAGACAAAUAUUGUAGCCUAACAUUUGCUUGAUAACAAUGUAACAUGGUUCUCUCAAUAUCUGCUAAAUGGCAUAUUAUAUUAUUAUAUUAUAUAGCAGUAGCAUGAUCUCUUUUUCGGAUAAGUAUAUAUAUAUAUAUAUAUAUAUAUAUAUAUAUAUAUAUAUAUAUAUAUAUAUUUAUUUUAUUUUUUACUGAUGUAAAAUGUUUAAAUGUUGAACUAAGGAAGUGAGUCACUCUUCCUGCCUUGCACAAGUAAACGCAUGAGCGGUAAUCAAAUUAGACCUUAAAUUAAGGCCAAGACACCACUCAGGCCUUUUCACAUCACACAUGGUCAGGACACUGUUGCUGCACGUGAACACACACACACACAUACACACACACAUAUACACACACACACACACACAUACACAGCAGGCAGGGCCUCUCCAAUAAGGACAGUAGACAUACGUAGGCCUGCCAGACGCAAGUCCUCAAAGCUUCAUAUAGUCAAUUUUGAAAUAUACAUUACUGACUUAUGCAAAACAUAUAAAGCAAUACAUAGUAAAAUAAACAGAUGUUACCCUUUUGAAAUGUAACAUUUUAACUAGAUAGGUAACGGAUAGGUAAUAAAGGUAGCACAUUUCUUCCAGCAGCUAUGAGUGAACAGAUCUAUCCAAUAUUCACAGUUGUUGACACAUACGGAAUAUCUGUUCAGCGUGACUCUUAACCAGAAUAUUCAGAUCUCGGUGUGUGAGCUUGACAGUUAAAUCCUAAACUUAGUUUGCAUUGUUACUUCAAUUUUCUGAUACAUAGGGUGCAGCCCAGCUAUCGUUGCUGUCUUUUGUUUAAUUUUUUCACAAAAAAUAUUCAUUAAAUACCCCAAAAUGAUCAGUGUCAUGUUUUAAUACAAAAAUAUUUGUAUUAGUCUAAUAUUUGAUUAUUAUCUUGUUGUAUCUCAGCUCAAAUUAAGACAAAACUCCUCAUUAUGUAUUAGGUAGAUAAAACAUACACAGGUAUCAGGUAUUCUAGAAACUAUUUAUUUGCUAGUUAAAUUCAAUGUUCUCUUUUUUAUUUUAUUUUAUUUUUAUUCAAUGUUCUCUGUCAGUGGUUUGGUGUUAAUUUUCUACUUGGCAGCAGACAUCAGGACUUGUUGAAUGAAAGGGUUAACAGCAGCAGCGAGGGAGCAAGCCGAGAGAGGUGCUCUGUGUGUUUGGCUGACUGCAGAGUGAAACAGGAUGCAGCGACUGCAUUGUCAGCCUGCUGGUGUGAGUGCAAACAGAUGAGGAAAUGCUGGAGCGGGUACUCCAAAACUUGGGUUACCUUGGAAACGGUUUGCGUCAUGAUCACCAGCAAUUAGCUUGCAGCUCUUUAGUUUUCAAGAUAGGUCUGCCAGGGCUUAGUCCAAUGGCUGUUGCUAACAGCGAAAGGAAUUGUCCUCCAAACAACUCUAGGAAAUAAUUUAUGCUUUUUACCUAUAUUUUGUCAUGUUUGUUUUUGUUUUCACAGAUAAACUUUAAUUAUCUUAUUUCAUAUGUAGAAUUUUUUCACAGAAUUUAUAAUUUUUUUUGUGUGUAUAAAAAAGGCAGUGAAAGUGGCCUGAAGAGUGGUGUUUAUUAUAGAAGUGAGAUGACUAGGCAGAGAAAGUUCCCAUUAAAUGCUCUUCCAAUGAGCCCUGAUGUGAUGUUCUUCUCUUAUCUGACCCUGUGUACGUGUGUGUGCUGUAUGUGGUCGAAGCACAUGGAACGGUGCAUAAAGUUCCCGAGCGGUCGGUCGGUGAUGAGUAGUAGUAUUUAAUGGUUAUAUUUGAGAGUUAAGAGGCUUCUCUCUCUGGGACUGUGUUGAGUCUAUCUGUGGACACACCAACCAACCACCAUAUUUACACCUCCACUGAUCACAGGGAGAGAAAGCCUACUCUGCUCAACCCAGGGGCAGAAUAUUGGAACUGUAUUAGCCAUAUACUCAGCACCUCUCAUUUGUUUCAAGAGGAGCAGGGAUUUUCUGCAUGGCUCAUCUCGAGGUUCCCAACAGUUCAAACAUUUAAGGUGGCCUAGUAGCUUUUAAGUCGACAAGGAGGUUGUUGAACCUUGCAUGCGUCCAGUGUAAGAAAAAAAAGAAGCUGUUUGUUCAGCCCAGUGGCUGGCUGGGUAAGAAGGAGGGAGGGAGAGCAGGGGAGCCCAUAGCGGGUUUAGGAGGAGGAGUGGUUAGGUGAGAUCAGAGAUCUAGUGACGUACGUGAAAGAUCUCGGUUGAGUUACAGUUGGCUCGCUGGGGGUUGGGGAGAAUGUUGGAGGAAUGGGACUGCGAGGAUGGUUAGUUUGUGUUUGCAGUGGUGGAAAAAGUACCCAAUUGUCAUACUUGAGUAAAAGUAAAGAUACCUUAAUAGAAAAUGACUCAAGUGAAAGUCACCCAGUAAAAUACUACUUGAGUAAAAGUAUUUGGUUUUAAAUAUACUUAAGUAUCGAAAGUAAAUGUAAUUGCUAAAAUAUAUUUAAGUAUCAAAAGUAAAAGUAUAAAUAAUUUCAAAUUCCUUAUUAAGCAAACCAGACGGCAUCAUUUUCUUGUUUUUUAAAUUUACGGAUAGCCAUGGUCUAUCUCCAACACUCACCUCUAUACAAGCCUUAUUGGUGUUUAGCUGUUUUGGCAAUUACAGCUUAUUUGUGACUGAAUAGCACCAAUAAUCCUGUUAGUCAAAUUCAAGAUGGCAACUGAACUGUUCACUGUUCUGAUGAAACUUUUUCUCCCUGUCUCUCUCUCUCUCUCUCUCUCUCUCUCUCUCUCUCUCAAUUGAAAACAGUGUUAGCACUGCCGCUUUUACACCAAAAGGCUGUUGCUAGGUGACUGCUGACGUCAGUGGCAGCUAUAGAGGAGGUCUUGUGUGUUUGGCUGCUGAGGGCAGACCCCACUGAAAAGGGCAAAACUAUGAAGCACUAUUAGCCAUCGCAAUGAAAACCUAAAUCCAGUGUCCAAGGAUAGCCACUCGAAAUAAUUGUGAGCAUUUAAUGCAGACACCUUCUGUAAACCUGUGAUCAGGAAUUACGAGGUAAAAAGAAUAAUAAAUGCUCCUCUGUCAACCCUGCCAAUACCCACCCCCCUUUUAUCUUUCUGUCUCUCCCUACUCCCUCGCUGUCUACUUUUCUCUAACCCCCCCCCCCCCCCCCCCCCCACACACACACACACACACACACUCACACACACAGGCUCAAAUACCAGUCCAGGAACCCCCUCCGUUCUCAUAGCACAUGACGUAAGCAAGAUUUUGUAGAGAGGGGGGAAAAAUCAAGGUUGCCAAGGUUGCUCUGGAGCGUGCUUGCCAUUGUUUAGUGAAACCAAUUCCCUGGAACCCAUAUCUCUCUCCCUCAAUCCCUCUCUCUCUGGACUAGAAAAUCUGACCUGCCCUAUUGGACAACACAGGUCAACACCGCACUGUGCAUAGCCUAAACAAAUGACACAAAAGUUAGGCUUGGCAUGUUUAUUCAUUUUAGUAAAGAAAGUGAACUCUUCUGCUGAAUGUAAGCAAAAUAAAUGACUAAUUCACACAAUAUUUCUUUCACUUAGAAAUUGUAGAGUAGGUUCUUUAGACCUGUGAAAAAUACAAUAAUUUAAUGCAUUGAAAGUUCUGUCUGUAAGGCAACAAUAAAUGAUGUAAAUGUAAAAUAAUUGGGUUGAAUAGCGGGAACCAGGUUACCAAAAUGUACUCCCUUCCCUUUUCCUUGGGAUAAAUACAGUGUCUUCAGAAAGGAUUCAUACUAGACUUGAGUGGUAUACCAUGUAUACUGGGUAUUUGGAAGUACUGCCACGGGAUGGUUUUUCAUUACUGUUGAAACAAUUGUUUUGAAGUUUUUCAAUACAUUUUAAUAUUUGUAGCUACUUUUUAAGUAAAUACCUGCAGUCAACUUGUGCAGUACGUUAGGAGAUAAAGCAGAUUGCGCUCUUCGUUUGACAUUUUACAUUAUGAAGCUUACUGUAGUUCCCCAGAACAGUUGAGCCAGUCACGUGUUUGUUUGUAAAUAGCACAAGGGAGAAAGCAGGAACAGGUGAGUCCAGCUGUGUGUUGACAGGGGUCGCAUUUUAUAUUGGAAGUCCAACAGUGUUUUUUUGCUUCAAUAGUGUGAUCAGGGAUGUGCUACUAUAGUUUUCCGUCACAGAAAAUACAUUAGUGCAACCUAUUCUGCAGAAAAUAGCUGACAACAGAAGUGCAACACUAUUUGGCUGGCAGCCACACAAGUAAAUGAGCUCACUGUAUAACUUUAUGAGCUGGAUUGCCUGUCUUUGCAAUUAGUUUAUUUUUGUUUGCUCUCGUUAGCAUAUUUAGCUAGCAGCCUCCAAGGAAAUUCGCUAUUACAUGUGCUAAUUCUGUUAGCAUUCUGGUAAUAGACACCCAAUGGGCUUUUUUUUGCGUUUUUUAUGUCCCCUUGUGUAAUACUGUAAAUCCCGGUGUGAGAGAAGGACGGUAUGAGGAUAUGAAAAUCUGGAUACCUCCCAAACCUAAUUCACACCCCUUGACUUUUUCCACAUUUUGUUGUGUUACAGCCUGCAUUUAAAAUGGAUUACAUUUAGAUUUUUCGGUCACUGGCCUACACACCAUAAUGGAAAAGUGGAAUUACUUUUUUAGACAUUUUUACAAAUUAAUAAAAAAUAAAAAGCUGAAAUGUCUUGAGUCAGUGAGCAUGGUUACAUGCUCACAAUAAUGUGGAUAUUGUGGAUAGUCAGGUUAAUAUAAUACACUGAACAAAAAUAUAAACACAACAUGCAACAAUUUAAAAGAUGUUACUGAAUUACAGUUCAUAUAAGGAAAUCAGUCAAUUGAAAUGAAUUCAUUAGUCCCUAAUCUAUGGAUUUCACAUGACUGGGAGUCAGUGGCGGUCAGUGCCGUUUAAGAUGAGGGAGGAUGAUAAAAAAAAUUAUGAGCAUGGCCUUAUUUGUAUUACAGCAUAUUGGAUGACUGUCAUUUGUAUUCCAUUCACCCAGCUCAAUGUAACAUCAAUAGGUUUAGGCUACUACAUGAUACAAACGUUUUCCCUGUACCCAUCAUGAGGUUGCUACAACCUAGCCUCUGAAAGAAAGUUAACAACGUAGGUGCAAAAGUUGAGACAAUUUUGAGUAAUCAAGGUGACAGACAGUGACACAUUCAAUACCGCCUUGCCUGCAUCUAGCUCAUCUAGCUGUAAUCAUUAGUCCAACAGUUGCAAAUGACAGUUUUUAUUGGACAAAUUCAGGUAUGUUUAUCCCAGUUUCGUUACAUUUGCUUCCGUUUAAGAAAUGCUUGUCAUCAGAAUUGGCGGAAUGAAUACACCCCUGAUCACACUUUCAUAGCAGCCACAUAAAAACAUAAUGAUCACUAUAUACGCGCUCUCCUCCUCUUACCUUUUCCCUUCGCUUGUGGACUUCAGUGCACAACAUCAGCUGUCUGUGACCAGGCAAAAAAAAAAAAACCUUCCAUGCCAAACCUUCAUAUCAUGACCACUAACCGCUACACAUAGCCUACAUCGUUGUCAACAUACAGUGAGGGAAAAAAGUAUUUGAUCCCCUGCUGAUUUUGUAUGUUUGCCCACUGACAAAGACAUGAUCAGUCUAUAAUUUUAAUGCUAGGUUUAUUUGAACAGUGAGAGACAGAAUAACAACAAAAAAAUCCAGAAAAACGCAUGUCAAAAAUGUUAUAAAUUGAUUAGCAUUUUAAUAAGUAUUUGACCCCUCUGCAAAACAUGACUUAGUACUUGGUGGCAAAACCCUUGUUGGCAAUCACAGAGGUCAGACGUUUCUUAUAGUUGGCCACCAGGUUUGCACACAUCUCAGGAGGGAUUUUGUCCCACUCCUCUUUGCAGAUCUUCUCCAAGUCAUUAAGGUUUCGAGCCUGACGUUUGGCAACUCGAACCUUCAGCUCCCUCCACAGAUUUUCUAUGGGAUUAAGGUCUGGAGAUUGGCUAGGCCCCUCCAGGACCUUAAUGUGCUUCUUCUUGAGCCACUCCUUUGUUGCCUUGGCCGUGUGUUUUGGGUCAUUGUCAUGCUGGAAUACCCAUCCACGACCCAUUUUCAAUGCCCUGGCUGAGGGAAGGAGGUUCUCACCCAAGAUUUGAUGGUACAUGGCGCCGGCCAUCGUCCCUUUGAUGCGGUGAAGUAGUCCUGUCCCCUUAGCAGAAAACCCCCCCCAAAGCACAAUGUUUCCACCUCCAUGUUUGACGGUGGGGAUGGUGUUCUUGGGGUCAUAGGCAGCAUUCCUCCUCCUCCAAACACGGCGAGUUGAGUUGAUGGCAAAGAGCUCGAUUUUGGUCUCAUCUGACCACAACACUUUCACCCAGUUCUCCUCUGAAUCAUUCAGAUGUUCAUUGGCAAACUUCAGACGGGCCUGUAUAUGUGCUUUCUUGAGCAGGGGGACCUUGCGGGCGCUGCAGGAUUUCAGUCCUUCACGGCGUAGUGUGUUACCAAUUGUUUUCUUGGUGACUAUGGUCCCAGCUGCCUUGAGAUCAUUGACAAGAUCCUCCCGUGUAGUUCUGGGCUGAUUCCUCACCAUUCUCAUGAUCAUUGCAACUCCACGAGGUGAGAUCUUGCAUGGAGCCCCAGGCUGAGGGAGAUUGACAGUUAUUUUGUGUAUCUUCCAUUUGCGAAUAAUCGCGCCAACUGUUGUCACCUUCUCAACAAGCUGCUUGGCGAUGGUCUUGUAGCCCAUUCCAGCCUUGUGUAGGUCUACAAUCUUGUCCCUGACAUCCUUGGAGAGCUCUUUGGUCUUGGCCAUGGUGGAGAGUUUGGAAUCUGAUUGAUUGAUUGCUUCUGUGGACAGGUGUCUUUUAUACAGGUAACAAACUGAGAUUAGGAGCACUCCCUUUAAGAGUGUGCUCCUAAUCUCAGCUCGUUACCUGUAUAAAAGACACCUGGGAGCCAGAGAUCUUUCUGAUUGAGAGGGGGUCAAAUACUUAUUUCCCUCAUUAAAAUGCUAAUCAAUUUAUAACAUUUUUGACAUGCAUUUUUCUGGAUUUCUUUGUUGUUAUUCUGUCUCUCACUGUUCAAAUAAACCUACCGUUACAAUUAUAGACUUAUCAUUUCUUUGUCAGUGGGCACACGCACAAAAUCAGCAGGGGAUCAAAUACUUUUUUCCCUCACUGUAGCUACUAGAACUAACACGUUAGUGAACCCACUACAAUCAUGCAGCACAGUGUACAAUCAGAAAGCAGUUAAGCAGUUACAACGGCGGGCCCCGGUGGCAAUAAAUUAAUAAAACCAAAAGCUUACCUCGACUUGGUAGAGUUCCAGUGUUGGAUAGCCAUAGCCAUUUAGCUAACAUAGCGUCCAUCUCUGUUUGAGCCGGGUGUUUGAGUAUGCUAAACUAGCUAGCUGCAUUCACUAGCUAAGUGAAAGUUGAAAGAAAAUACAACCAAUUAUAGCUAGCUUGCUCUCUCUCUCUCUCGCUUCUUAAUUUUGGAAGAAAUUAAUUUGUUAUACUGUUCAACUAUUGUCUUUCUGUCUGUUUGAGUCAACUACUCACCACAUUGUAUGCACUGCAGUGCUAGCUAGCUGUAGCUAAUGCUUUCAGGACUAGAUUCAUUCUCUGAUCCUUUGAUUGGGUGGACAACAUGUCAGGUCAUGCUGCAAGAGCUCUGAUAGGUUGGAGGAUGCCCUCCGGAAGUUGUCAUAAUUACUGUGUAAGUCUAUGGAAGCGGGUGAGAACCAUGAGCCUCCUAUGUUUUGUAUUGAAGUCAAUGUACCCAGAGGAGGACAGAAGCUAUCUGUCCUCCGGCUACACCAUGGUGCUACCCUACAGACUGCUGCUGAGGCUACUGUAUACCUUCAUUUUAAGAAGUUAUUUGGUGAGGUGAAUAUAUUUAGUAUAGUUUUAUCUAAAAAGGACAACUUUUUAAAAUGUUUUACUAUUUUUAUUUUUAUUAAAUUCACUGAGGAGGAUGGUCCUCCCCUUCCUCCUCUGAGGAGCCUACACUGCUGGGAAUACAGAUAUGCAUCUGUUGGUCACAGAUACCUUUAAAAAAAGUAGGGGCGUGGAUCAGAAAACCAGUCAGUAUAGGGUGUGACCACCAUUUGCUUCAUGCAGCGUGACACAUCUCCUUCGCGUAGUUGAUCAGGCUGUUGGUUGUGGCCUGUGGAAUGUUGUCCCAAUCCUUUUCAGUGGCUGUGCAAAGUUGCUGGAUAUAUACCAUAACCACACCGCCACCAUGGGGCACUCUGUUCACAACGUUGACAUCAGCAAACUGAUCGCCCACACAACACCAUACACGCUGUCUGCCAUCUGCCGGGAUUCAUCUGUGAAGAGCACACUUCUCCAGCGUGCCAGUGGCCAUCGAAGGUGAGCAUUUGCCCACUGAAGUCGGUUACGACGCAGAAUUGCAGUCAGGUCAAGAUCCCUAGUGAGCUUCCCUGAGACGGUUUCUGACAGUUUGUGCAGAAAUUCUUCGGUUGUGCAAACCCAGUUUUAUCAGCUAUCUGAGUGGCUGGUCUCAGACAAUCCCGCAGGUGAAGAAGCCGGAUGUGGAGGUCCUGGGCUGGUGUGCUUACAUGUGGUCUGCGGUUGUGAGGCUGGUUGGACGUACUGCCAAAUUCUCUAAAACGACGUUGGAGGCGGCUUAUGGUAGAGAAAUUAACAUUUGAUUGUCUUGCAACAGCUCUGGUGGACAUUCUUGCAGUCAGCAUGCCAAUUGCAUGCUCCCUCAAAACUUGAGACAUCUGUGGCAUUGUUGUGUGAUAAAACUGCACAUUUUAGAGUGGCCUUUUUAUUGUCCCCAGCACAAGGUGCACCUGUAAUGAUCAUGCUGUUUAAUCAGCUUCUUGAAAUGCCACACCUGUCCGGUUGAUGGAUUAUCUUGGCAAAGGAGAAAUACUCACUCAGAGAUGUAAACAAAUUUGUGCACAACAUUUGAGAGAAAUAAGCUUUUUGUGCGUAUGGAACAUUUCUGGGAUCUUUUAUUUCAGCUCAUGAAACAUGGGACCAACACUUUACAUGUUGCGUUUAUAUUUUAGUUCAGUAUAUAUGCUUUAUAUGCUUAAGAAUCACACUUCCGGUUUUGGCGGGAAAUACUGGCUUAUGCGGGAGAAAAGGGAUUUAUUCUCUGAAAAAAAUAAAAAAUAAUAAUAAUUACCAGGAAGAUAUUCAACCCUAAUAAAUACUUUCUAUGGGCAAUGUAUAUAUCUUACCCUUAGUAAUACUUUGAUGGGACUCCUCUGGUUAUUGAUGAUGAUUUUAUCAUGCUUGUAUCGCUGUUGUUGUUGUUUCUGCUGCUGCUGCGUUGGAAAGCCCCAAGAUGUUGUCCCCAGUUAAAGUUCUCAUCAGUUCUGCCCUACCAAGGACAAAACAUUUUGUUGAAGAGCCUCGAGCUACCAGAAGCCUGGCCACCUGACAGUGAAGAGAACUGCUCCCCUACCUGCAGAUGGGUAUAACCAACCAUCCAUCCUAGACCCUUCCUCUGGGGGUGUCUGGCUGCCUGACUCCCUCCCCUGGGGGUUAACACAUCCCAGCCCUGCCUGUCUGUCUCAUUAUGUUCCAGCCCUCCAGUGGUAGAAUGAACAUCUCACCCCUGUCCUGUCACACUGUCUGAGGCGCUGGCAAUAAAACAGCCUUUUUAUAGUGUUUUAUAGUGUUCCUACUCUACUGAGGGAUUUAUGUAGUACUGUUCACACAUUAAAGGUAAACAACAUUUGCCUGUGGUUUUAUUUUUGUUUUUGUUCAAACUUUUGUCUAUUCUUAUAGCUCUAUAUUCUCAUUGCUCUUUUACAUGCUUCGAAUGGAACAGAGGGUUUUGUGUUUCUGAGAAAGAAGAGAAACAGCACUGAUCAUUCAGUAGUCUCUGUUUAAGAUUGUUCUCUCCCAGGUGUCUCUCUCCUCAGUCAGUCCUGGGUUUCUUCACUCUCUGCCUUUCAAUCAGACUCACUGUCACACACUAAACUACACAGCGGUGAUACCGAUGGGCCUAGAUGAAAACUAUGUCAACACUUGAAAAAAAGCACUUAUGAAGACGUCAGUAGCAAAACACAAAAGCCAAAACAGUAGCUGCGUGUGCGUGUGCGUGUCUGUGUGUCCACUCUCACCUAGUUCUGCCUGAAGAAGUGUGUAAAGCCUCCUGUCUUUGGUGUGUCAGUUAUGAAUGUUGUGUGCUGUCACAAGAGAUAAACCAGCCACUGUGGUCUAUGCCUGCUAUAAGGAGGGGGGAGAGAGAUAGGUGGAUUGUGUACUGUCCACAGGACACAGUCACGUGGACUGGUAGGGCUGGGCGAUAUAUCAAAUUAAUUUGAAUGUAUGUUUUUGCGCGAUAUUCCAAAUGCCUGAAUCGCAAGAAUCAAGUUUUUGUAAUUUUUUUUUUUUAUGAGCUUUUAUGUCUGCUUGUUCUCAUGUUGUAUUUUUGGUCUCAUUUCAUUCGCUCCUCUGUGCUGUGUGCACCUUCCCAUUUACACCAGAGAUCUGUAUAUAAUGAAGAGAUGCACAUCUCCGCCCUAACAAUGGGAGUCGUUGUCCCAAAGGCGGAAAGGCAGGCGACAGGCAUAGGUCCAAAAUAAGCCCAUAGAAAAGCAUAGGCCUUAUUUUGGACAGAUUUUAGCGAGAGUGAAACCUCUUGCUUCGCCUCUAUGGUUUAAACACACAUCAAGCCCCCCCCCUUUCUAACGAUACCCUUUUUACGUCUCAACUACUCAAAUUGCACGCAGAGCAGACACUACUAAAAUUAGAGUAUCAAUGAACAUUGAUUCUGGAAAAUGAAUGGUCAGUUUGUCGCGUGCGGCAUUGGGGUACCACGUACCGCUAGCAGCAUUUUAGCCAAAGACUGUUAUACUAUCUGUCUAGUCUGUGUUUUAAAAAUGUGCAAUAAGCAUAAAACAAUUAUAUAAAGAAUUGGCAACUCGUUCUCAUUCUGAGAAAUAAGGUAGGCCACUUGAUUUCAACAUCUGAACAAAGUGGACAGGUUAACAUGCUUUUCAAAAAAUCACAUUGUAGGAUUUUUAAUGAAUUUAUUUGCAAAUUAUGGUGGAAAAUAAGUAUUUGGUCAAUAACAAAAGUUUCUCAAUACUUUGUUAUAUAUACCCUUUGUUGGCAAUGACACAGGUCAAACGUUUUCUGUAAGUCUUCACAAGGUUUUCACACACUGUUGCUGGUAUUUUGGCCCAUUCCUCCAUGCAGAUCUCCUCUAGAGCAGUGAUGUUUUGGGGCUGUCGCUGGGCAACACGGACUUUCAACUCCCUCCAAAGAUUUUCUAUGGGGUUGAGAUCUGGAGACUGGCUAGGCCACUCCAGGACCUUGAAAUGCUUCUUACGAAGCCACUCCUUCGUUGCCCGGCCGGUGUGUUUGGGAUCAUUGUCAUGCUGAAAGACCCAGCCAUGUUUCAUCUUCAAUGCCCUUGCUGAUGGAAGGAGGUUUUCACUCAAAAUCUCACGAUACAUGGCCCCAUUCAUUCUUUCCUUUACACGGAUCAGUCGUCCUGGUCCCUUUGCAGAAAAACAGCCCCAAAGCAUGAUGUUUCCACCCCCAUGCUUCACAGUAGGUAUGGUGUUCUUUGGAUGCAACUCAGCAUUCUUUGUCCUCCAAACACGACGAGUUGAGUUUGUACCAAAAAGUUAUAUUUUGGUUUCAUCUGACCAUAUGACAUUCUCCCAAUCCUCUUCUGGAUCAUCCAAAUGCACUCUAGCAAACUUCAGACGGGCCUGGACAUGUACUGGCUUAAGCAGGGGGACACGUCUGGCACUGCAGGAUUUGAGUCCCUGGUGGCGUAGUGUGUUACUGAUGGUAGGCUUUGUUACUUUGGUCCCAGCUCUCUGCAGGUCAUUCACUAGGUCCCCCCGUGUGGUUCUGGGAUUUUUGCUCACCGUUCUUGUGAUCAUUUUGACCCCACGGGGUGAGAUCUUGCGUGGAGCCCCUGAUCGAGGGAGAUUAUCAGUGGUCUUGUAUGUCUUCCAUUUCCUAAUAAUUGCUCCCACAGUUGAUUUCUUCAAACCAAGCUGCUUACCUAUUGCAGAUUCAGUCUUCCCAGCCUGGUGCAGGUCUACAAUUUUGUUUCUGGUGUCCUUUGACAGCUCUUUGGUCUUGGCCAUAGUGGAGUUUGGAGUGUGACUGUUUGAGGUUGUGGACAGGUGUCUUUUAUACUGAUAACAAGUUCAAACAGGUGCCAUUAAUACAGGUAACGGAUGGAGGACAGAGGAGCCUCUUAAAGAAGAAGUUACAGAUCUGUGAGAGCCAGAAAUCUUGCUUGUUUGUAGGUGACCAAAUACUUAUUUUCCACCAUAAUUUGCAAAUAAAUUCAUUAAAAAUCCUACAAUGUGAUUUUCUGGAAUGUUUUUUUCUCAUUUUGUCUGUCAUAGUUGACGUGUACCUAUGAUGAAAAUUACAGGCCUCUCUCAUCUUUUUAAGUGGGAGAACUUGCACAAUUGGUGGCUGACUAAAUACUUUUUUCCCCCACUGUAUAUAUACAUACAUAUCCUUUAAAAAUAUAUAUAUUUCCCAACCCCACCAUCCCCUCCCUAAUUGGAGUAAACUAGUGAACAACAAUGCUUAGGCCUCUACUUCAUGCUUAUACAUACUAUAUACAUUUUAUGGACACAGUCAAUAAUUUUAUUUUGUUUGUUUUUACUCCUGAACUUCCUCCGAUCAUUUUCAUCUGGUAUGCUUCUAUAUGCCAUAUCUUUCUAACUGUGGUCUUUCACAAAAGCUAUAUAUAUAACCUAUAUCCUUAUUAUGGACACAGCAUGUAUUACACUAGUUAUCUUGUUGUUAUUAGUUGUUGUUAUUAGUCCCAUCCUUCAGCUCCAUUCAACACCUCCCAUCUAUCUCUUAACACCAUCCAUAUUGGAUUUCUAUUUGCCAUAUAUUUUUCAACUGUACUGUGAUGUUUUACAAAAGUUCUGAACCUUUCUAUUCUCAUUGUUUCUACAGUUUGUGAAUUGAAAAUAACAGUUUGUGAAUUGAAAAUAAACAUCUUUGCUAAAAGUAUUAUUAUAUUAUCGAUCGAUUGACUAUGACUUUUCAGAUCACCCAGUAGUGCUAUCUGUAGGGUCAGCUCUAUGCAAAUAUUGCAAUCCUUCAGCCAUUCCUGGACCUGUGUACAGAAACAAGCUACAAAUGGACAGUACCAAAACAAAUUAUCUAAUGAUUCUGUCUCUUCACAGCCAAAUCUGCAGAGCUGGGAAGAUUGUAUCCCCCAUACAAAUAACAUUCUAUUGGUAGCAAGAAUUGUAUAUAAUAAUUUAAAUUGAAAAAUUCAAAGUUUUGAAUCCGGCGUCGUUUUGCGUAUCAGUUCAUAAACAUUAUGCCAUGGAAUCGGUACGUCAAAAAUCUCUUCCCAACUAUUUUGCAAUCUAUAUGGGACGGCUGUCAAUCUUUUGGUCCUUAAAUGAAACUGAUAAACUCUUUUAUUUAUCACAAUUUUCUUUAACCAAUAAUGUUCUUUAAUGCAAGGCCGACAGACAAGUUCCUUACUUUUUCCUCCUUCCACUUUCCUCUUCCAUUUUUGUGGUAAUGCUGCAAUUAUUUGGUUGUAAUUUUGUGUAGAGCAGACAUUUCCAUAUGUUUUUGUUAGCUGCAUGUGCGACAACUCCACCAUUCCUACCGAUAAUAUAAUUUACGAAGAUUAUACUUUUUUCAUUUUUUUUUUCAAAAAAGAACGUUUUUUUAUCAAUUAGUAUAUUUGAGUUUAACCACAAUAUUUGUUGCAAUAUUUGUUCUGUCAUUUCUGAAGGAUUAAAUUGAAAUUGCAACCAACUUUCUAUGGCUUGUUUUAGAAAUAGUGAUAUUUUGGGAGAUGAUUUCCUUUUCAAAUACCUGAAAGUGAGGGGUUGUAAUCUGAAUAAAGGGAAAAAGUCCCUUCUUGAACAUUGGGUGAGGCAAUCUUACUAGUUUGCUAGAGAACCAGUUUGGUUUUAAGUAUAAUUCUUGUAUGACUGAAGCUUUUAGUGAUAGGUCUAAUGCUUUAAUAUUUAAUAAUUUUUGUCCUCCUAAUUCAUUCAUAUUCAUUAUAUAAAUAGAUUCAAGUUGUGGAUUUAAAAGAAAACAUGAAUCAUCAGUGUACAAUGACACCUUUUGUUUUUAAGCCCUGGAUUUCUAAUACCUUGAUAUUAUUGUUGGAUCUGAUUUUAAUAGCUAACAUCUCAAUGGCAAUAAUAAAUAGAUAUGCCGAUAGUGGACAACCUUGUUUCACUCCUCUUGACAGUUUAAAACUUUCUGAGAAAUAGCCAUUGUUUACUAUUUUACACCUAGGGUUACUAUAUAAAUAACCCAAUUUAUAAGAGAUUGUCCAAAAUUGAAAUGCUCCAGGCAUUUAUAUAUAAACCCCAGUUGUACUUUAUCAAAUGCCCCUUCGAAGUCUGCUAUGAAUAGUAGGCCUGGCUUCCCAGAUUUUUCAUAGUGUUCUAUUGUUUCCAGUACUUGCCUUAUAUUAUCUCCAAUGUAUCGCCCAUGUAAAAAACCUGUCUGAUUAGAAUGAAUAAUGUCAGACAAUACCGUUUUAAUUCUAUGCGCUAUACAUUUUGCUAGAAUUUUUGUGUAAGGGGCCACCAAUUUUUUAGUCGUUGUUAGUGAAUGUGGAUUAUGCAUGGUUCUAGUUACAUUUGCAAAAAAAAGGGGGGCAUUUUCAUAGACUUUAAAGCCAGAUUAGUGAUUAUUGCAAUAAAAAUCAGGUUAAACUGUUCUGAUAAAAUAAUUACAUUAUUAGUGUGUCUUAUGGUUGUGGAAGGCUUAUAUGUAGCCUAGGUAUAACUAUUUUACCGUUAAUUGUACAGCAACCCUUAUUUAGAGAAAACAUUUUUAAAAUAGAGAUAUAUUGUGAAUCGUCCAUAAGUUUGAAGAAAUCGAGAUAUGAUUACUAGGCCAUAUCGCCCAGCCCUAUGGCCUGGACUCAUGGCACAGAGGAGGUGAUACUUGGGUGAACUCAUAACUGAACACUUCAGCCGUGCCCAAUGUGCGUUAGUAGAGCGAAUCAGAGCUGUGGCCCACCCAAACUUUCACAAAUAUCACACGCCUCCACCCCACAGAACUCACAGUAAGAGCCAGCCCAGAAAUAAAAGACAGGCUACAUGGAUCUCUAGGACAUUCAUUUAUUUUAUUUUAGACACAGUGGUGUUUUUUUCUUUUUUGGUACAGGUAGGCUAUUUUACAUUUGACAGUAGGCAUACACCCUUAUUAAUUGAUAUCACAUAUACAUCACAUAUCAUUUAUUAGGUACCCCCAUCUAGUACCGGGUCGGACCCCCUUUGCCUCCAGAACAGCCUGAAUUCUUCGGGGUAUGGAAACAUUGCUCAAUUGGUAUCAAGGGACCUAAUAAUAUGUGCCAGGAAAAUAUUCCCCACAGCAUUACACCACCACCACCAGCCUGUACCGUUGACACCAGGCAGGAGCGAACCGUUUUCGUGAACGGGGUGGUGUACCUAAUAAACUGGCCACUGAGUAUAUAUCACAUAUUGAUAUCACAUAUAACUAGGGAUGCACAGUAUCGGCAAAAAAUCGAAUUGUGAUUUUUUUGUAACCUAACAUUAUGAUUGCGAUUUGACUUGCGAUAAAGAUCAAAUCCCUUGGGUGAACUGUUGGAAUCAUAGAAAUAUAAUGAUUUAUAUUAAAGGGGAAGCUGAUCUAAAAUCCAAAAUGUCCCAAGUGAUUCCAUACAUUGAAACUAUUUAGGUGGAGUUUGCCUUCUCCCCCUCUCUCUCUCCAUACAGUCUAGAACUGGAAAGCAGCUAAAACGGGUCACGUGACUUGUGACGUGUUUUUGUGCACUGCUAGCUCUGCUCCGUUGUCAGUCAAAGAGCAAUUGAGAAAUCUGCGAAUUGUGGACAAAUUCUUUAUUUUAUUGAAAGCGUAUGGCCGAAUGAGUUCAUGUUUGGAACAAUCUGUUGACUGCAUUUGACCUAACAGAACAGCAUGCAAACUUCUAGUGAAUCUAACAGCGGGGAGGAGGACCUGCACUGCUUGUGUGACAGGGGGUGAGGCUUUGUGUGUGUGUGGGAAGCAGCCGCAAAGAGGAUAGAGGGAGAGAGAUGACAAACAGAGUAAACUGUAAAAACGGACAUUACACUGAGUGGCCUUUCAGAAUAUUGUGAUAUGAAUAUAUCUUGUGAUAUGGAUAUCUCCUGCGAUAUGGAUAUCUCCUGCGAUAUGGAUAUCUCCUGCGAUGUGGUAUUGCACAUGUCAAUAUUGAGAUUUUGAUGUGAAUUUGAUUAAUUGUGUAGCCCUACUAUGAACCUAGGUAGAGCAGCCUAAUAUAGAUAGUUGUAGCAAAGUCCUUGGCUAAUAAUAUUGAAAUUGAGAAUAAUUUAUUUCCCACUCCAGAAGUAGAUUUCUUGACAUCGUAAUUGGCUCACUGGUUUUGUGCAGUGGGUUGUGGUUCCCUGUGUGUGAAGUGAGAUUGUGAGUGCAGUCUGUUGGAGUUGGCUGCUUCCUGAGGUGUGCAUAAUGAUAGUAACAGCUGGUUUGUGUGUCUUUCUGUGGCCUGGCUCUCCUGUGCUGCUGCUGCUCUGUCAGAGGAUCCAGCAGAGGUUCUGUGGUUAUGGGCUCCUGGUGCCAUGGGCCUUGAUAUUGGGCAGCAGGGACAGAGAGCAGCAGCAGCUGGUUGGGGGUACAGACAGGCCUAUACUCUGACCAGACGGGGACAGUGAGGUGACUACUAUCGUAGCUAGCUAGGGUUGUAAAUGGCACAGUGAGAAUAGUCAGUGUUUGUUGACUGUGCCCAAAGUGUUGUGAUCGUAUGUGCUUUGUUAAAAGAACACUGUCCCAUUACAGUGAUAAAAGGAUAUGGGACACAGUUCCAAGCUAUUUGAAAAGUAAUUUAAAGGCUAGCCUACGUGCUGUGGAAUGGGCUUGAUUUCUUUCAGAUAACAUACGACCCCUGAAAGCAUGCAAAUGUCAUUUCUGCUCGGAUUUAUACCUGUGCAGACACUCUUGCAGCUGCUGGUCUAGGAUCAUUCAUUACCGUUUUGAUUGACCUAUAAUUCACCAGGCUUUCUUUCUGCUGUUGGUGUUGGUGCUUUUUUCCUUUUAAUGAAUGUUCCAAGAGCCAGUGGGCCAGAAUGAGAUGUGGUGUAUGUCUGUCUGCUGCGCCGGCUGGAGACGCCAUAUGUGUCACUUUACUUUGGGGGUGAGUCUCUAUAUGGCUGAUGGGGGGAAAAACAGAGAGAAAGACAUUCAUGGCAUCAAUUAAUCAUUUCUUUGAGACAUCAGUCAGAAAUAUAUGCGAUCAUUUACUCAAGUGUAGACAUUUCUUCAAGAGAGCACGGCACUCUAUCUUGACGACAUGAAAUGCCAAGUUAUGGGAAAAGAGAUUUUGUGUAUUUUCUCACAGCUCAGAUGUAACAUAUGCUCUUUGCGUUCAUUACCUGUCUUCACAAUAAACCUGCUUCUACUUUGAGUGAGUGAGAUCGGGCAGGAAGUGUUUCAGUGUUUAUGCACUGUGCCGCGGUCUCUCUCUGGAGACAAAAGGCAGGGUUUGCCUCAGUCUGCGCUCGUACUUGGAUGUUGCUUGGUCCCUCACUGGGUUGUGCUGUGCUCCAGGCUCUCUGCUCUGCUCAGAGUCAACCCUAGAUGUCGAUGCUCAGGGAUCUUUUAUGAUGAACUAGUAAUAGUAAUGGAAUCUCCCUUGCCUUCACAUUCCAAAGACUUUUGUAUCUCCACCCAAGGUAUUUUCCCUUAAUCGCUCGGCUUCAUGUAACACCCUCCCUGCUUAACAGAGCAAGGUAUGCCCAAUGUUUACGUCUCCAAGAUAUGGUAUUGUUGAGAGUAUGAGUGUAUUACAUCUAGGGCUGUAAAAUAUAUUUUCAAGUAUAUUACUUUACCAGUAAACUGCUAGAAUUUGGUAUCUUUCAAGGAUUUUAUGUAAUCUAUUAUAAGACAUCUAGUGGCCCUUUUGGGUACUUCAGAUUAUCACAGUUGUCUGUUAUUAUCUCUGGCCCUCUUUGUAGCCUUAUCACAUGUAAAAUAUAUGAAAUAAUUAAAUAAGAUUAUUUAAAAUAAAUAUAUAUAAUUAGAAAGCUGUAAAACAUUAUCCUAAAUAUAAACCAUCAACUCAGUGAAUACCAUUGGUGUUUAAUAUCAGGGUUUCAGCAUGAAAUAUCCUUUAUUUCUUUAACACAAUUGUAUUUAUUUUACUAUGUCAAUAUGUAUUUGUUGUCAAUGUUUUGGCGUCAAACUGGUGGCCGUCUGAAAAAAGUCAAUAGUUGGAUGAGUUGCAGAGGUAAUUGAAAAUAAUGCCAUUGUUGAUUAGAUACUUUUUUCAUUAAUUAGGCUAUGUUCUCUUGAACCAUAUGGUUAAACUCAUGGACAAUAUGGACACAGAUGAAAAAAGUAAUACUAUAUAUGACUAAAAAAUACUAAUUGCCAAAGUUACAAUAGAUUGCCAUAGAUUUUCUGUUAAUUACCAAAGUUACUGAAGAUUCCGAUAACUUUGGUAAAUUACCGGUAGCUUUGCAACUGUAAUUACAUCAUCUGAUGUUGAACUAGAUGAACGUGUUUUAGUUUUAUUGUUAACAGAGUUAGUGGACGUUCUAAGUUCACGCCAUGUCUGUUAUCAUAAACUGGCAAGACAAUAACAAAGUUCCCUCUUCAUUCAAGAUUUAUUCAUUCAACAGUCAUUGUUUGUGUAUUUUUGUUUUUCUGAAGUGCAAUGACUAACACAAAGACAUUUCAGGGGCUAUUGUUGACCAAAUGGAUUGAAAGCUGGAAAUAAAUUGUCAAGCAAACCAGGUAGCCUAUCCGUUUUCACAUUUUGAAAUAGGCCAACUGUCAGUGAGGAAAACUACUGAAAAGGCGGAAAUAUGCUAUUGGAGCAUCCUGUGCUGAAAGCCACUCGAAAAUAUAUUUUAGGAACUGGCAUUUGAUGUUGUUACCAUACUAUGUACAAUAGUAUUUUCAGUUGAAGAUAUUCCUGGUGUGAGUUGAGAGAAGGGAAGUUUGUAGUGGAGCCUAGACUUGUAAUAGUUCUAGACCAUUAGAGAGCGUGGGAUUGUGGAGUCUCAUUCAUAACAGGAAAUUACGUUGUCUCUUAUUAUUCUUGCGUCUGACUGAGUCUAAAGGUUUGUGAAUAAUACAUACUCAUUCCCAUAGACCAGGGGUGUCAAACUCAUUCCACGGAGGGCCGAGUGUCUGCGGGUUUUUGGUUUUCCCUUUCAAUUAAGACCUAGACAACCAGGUGAGGGGAGUUCCUUACUAAUUAGUGACAAUAAUUAAUCAAUCAAGUACAAAGGUGGAGCGAAAAACCUGCAGACACUCAGCCCUCCACGGAAUGAGUUUGACACGUGCCAUAGACUGAGCUGUCAGAUGAUGGUAUUUGUGCCAUUGUGGGUAAGAGUUAGGCUACCUCAGUGCACUGGUCUCAGAUCAGAUCAACCUUUCCUUCCAAUGUCUGUUCUGAUUUAUGAAGUGAAAUGUGCUCUGGCGGGUGCUCUCCAGUGAGUGAUGCUGUGUUUGGUAAUGAGUGUUCUUCUCCCUGUCUGUCUCCCUCCCUCUCUCCCACCCUGUCUGUCUCCCUCCCUCUCUCCCACCCUGUCUGUCUGUCUCCCUCCCUCCCUCCCACCCUGUCUGUCUGUUUCCCUCCCUCCCUCCCACCCUGUCUGUCUGUUUCCCUCUCUACCUCCCACCCUGACUGUCUCCCUCCCUCCCUGUCUGUCUGUUUCCCUCUCUACCUCCCACCCUGACUGUCUCCCUCCCUCCCUGUCUGUCUGUUUCCCUCUCUACCUCCCACCCUGACUGUCUCCCUCCCUCCCUGUCUGUCUGUUUCCCUCUCUACCUCCCACCCUGACUGUCUCCCUCCCUCCCUGUCUGUCUGUUUCCCUCUCUACCUCCCACCCUGACUGUCUCCCUCCCUCCCUGUCUGUCUGUUUCUCUCUCUACCUCCCACCCUGACUGUCUCCCUCCCUCCCUGUCUGUCUGUUUCUCUCUCUACCUCCCACCCUGACUGUCUCCCUCCCUCCCUGUCUGUCUGUCUCCCUCCCUCCCUGUCUGUCUGUCUACCAGUCUGGCCUAGCGGCAGGGUCUCUGUGUUCUCCCCUGGCAGUGCAUGGCACAGUGCACAUGGCAAGGGACUCUCUUUCUCUCUCUCAGUUCAGUUCAGUUCAGUUCAGUUCAUGACAUGUGCUGUGCUGUGCUGCUGAACACCGGGGACUCAACAAUGUCGAUAUGAAAACACUCCCUACCAGCCCAAGCCCCAUUUUAUUAUUCUCAUAAAACAUAAACAUAUUACUCUCGCACAUGGCUACAAGAAGGCAUUAUUUAGGUGUUUCGCAGUAUAGUUGUAGGAUUCAAAUUCAAACUCUGACUAAAGCAGAUCUGAUCUGUUGUUUCGACCGUAUCCUAUUGGGUUAGAAGGGAAUGCUCCAUAGCUUUGUGUUAGAGCUUCUCCCAGUGCCUGGAGGCCCAGGUUAUAGGGCUGCGACUUGUGCCCAGAGCCCAGACAGCUUGUGUAGCCUACCACUGUUGCAUUUUGAACUGCUCACACAGCACUGUAGCAGGCAGCAGAGCUUACCUUUAUCUCACUGAUUCUAGAAGGGCCUUAGUGUUCCUUAUGAAAUUCAGGUGAGGGUAACAAGCUAUGGGGCCCAUUGCUCUCCUGCUCUCCUUGUGUAAUGAUGUGUGAACAUAAUGAAAACAGGAGAAGUGUAAAGUUUGUGUUUGUUUUAGUGUUGUUUUUGGUCACUUCAGGGCCUGAUGUUGGCACCCAGAAUGAGAUGCACAUGGAGAGAAAGCUGGAGGGAAGUGACAGCUGAGAUAAUUGUAAAAUAAAAAUGUCCGGCCAGCGGUGGGCCCUUGUUUGCAAAUGAUUUACUUGACAACAGGCAAUUUCUCUCACACUCACUCUCCCUCCUCAUGCUCUCUUGCUCUCUCCCUUCUCCUUCUCUCCAUAUCCCUCCCUCUCUCUCCCUCUGAUAGAUGGUAGCUCUGUUCGCAUGCUUGUUAUUGGCCUGAGUUCCAGGGCUCAGGCGCUAGGCUUUGUUUAUGAGAGGAGCCUGCUCUGAUUCCAUGAUAAAGCCAGAUGUUCCCUUACAAGGCCUCCAGCCUCCUUGAUCUGGCACUCAUGUCCAUAUCAGGUAUAGUCUUCCUGUUGUACUCAAGCCUCCCAGGCUCAACACUAGCUGCUGUCUGGCCUUUAAUUGGGCGCCUCAACGCUGGUCCCGAACACAACUGCAUACGAAGGACACUAAGGGAAGUGUUUAUACUUCAAUACAACAGAGCCUUUUUAAUAUACAACGUGUCAAUUAUACCCACUAUGUAUACUGUACAGUGUAAAAAAGCCCUGUGUGUGAGUGCAGAGUUAUAGGAUUAACAGGGUAUUUUCCAAAAGAACGUAAGCAGAUAUGUGAGGGAACCUGAAAAUGGUGCCCCACUUUCAUUCAUGUGUCUAAGUGCCUAACUAGUGUGUAAAUACCUGUGUUGGAUGCCGUGUGAGGGGUGUGCCCUACUUUUCCCUGAUCCAUCUUCUAGAUCAUUGUGAUGAUCAUUUAGGUAUGUUUUUAAAUGGCAUAUCAUGGAAAUGUCAAAAUACACUACAAGCUUCGUCUCUGAGUGUGUAAGGGCCACAGUCUUAAUGUACUCCAUGAAUACACCAGGCUGAAGUCAGCCAACAGUAGGACUUUCUCUUGGUUUGUACAGUAGGCCAGGUUUCUGGAUGUAACGCCACCCCUAUGAGCUGUGAAGAGUACAAGCCGUCUCAUCCUCUCCCCAUCGUUCACAGUGUAAUUACAGUAGACAUGCCAGCCUGUAGGGAGGGACUGUUUACUGUCUGUCCUCUCUAAAAGUUACUUCCACAAAACACUAGUAGGCCCAGGCUACAUUUUGACUUGGACAUGUAGUGAGCUUGGAAUUUCAGGACAAAAAGAGUUAGCAUUGUUGUUUUAUAGUUCCUGUGUGUAAACGUUUAAAAAUGCCAAAAGAUGUGCUGAAAAUAUUGUCAGUGAACAUGUUCUUCCACACAGUUAGAUCACCAAGAGAAAGGGGGUACUGUAAACAGAACUUCUGGCCAAUGAUCAAUCCAGGGUUGAUGUUUCUACUGGACUGGGAUGUUGAAAGGGGAAUGGAAACAGUCGAGCCACUCAGGAGAGGACCUGCAAAGUUAUUUCACGUCCAUAAAUUAUCUGUUCAUAAAUUUCAGGUGAUAUAUAAAAGCUGGCGGGCUGUCGCACAUAUCGUACAUUUCGUGCGUCACUGGGUCAACAUUCUCUUUCAGAAUUGCUUGUGUUAAAAGUAGAUCAACUCGGGAUCUUUUUAUGAACACACAGAUCAGCAAAUCAAAGUAAAGCAAAAAAUUGUGCUUAUGAUUGAGAAGGACUAUUCAAGGUAUUUAUGCUGCCAGGGCACCCUGCCAAGACUCUCCACAGAUCAUGGAUCCCUAUUUGUUCUAAAGCCCACCGGCCGGUGCAUUGCUGAGGUCCAGGUCAAGAGGGAAUGUUAAGCAAAGAUAAAACUUAAUCUGCACGAAACACAGCACACCGCCUACAACUAUUUAUAGGACGUUGAUUUACUAGGGGGUCGCCAAUAACCUUUGGAUCAAACUCCUCUCGCUGAGAUUAAAUCCCUUUUACUGGGAAUAUGCAUUGUGUUUUUAUGUUUUUUAUCUAAGGGCUAUAAAUUGUAUUAUCAGGCCUAUCUUUUCGAAAUUGUGCUGUUUGUGUUAUUUGCUUGUUCAUAACUAUAUAAAUGGAACCUCCACAUUUUGCCCGGGGUUCUGUUUUGGAUAUUUCAUGAAAUUGAAAACACAUUUUUCCUUGUUGUGUUUUUCUAAUUCUUCCACAUCAUCGCUCAUUGAUUGGCUCUCUGAUCAUGUACCAUGGUUGUAGCUAAUCUAUUAAUCUACUACGAUAUAGGCCUAAUUUCUGAAACUCUUCAAAUCUGUGUGCUAUCCCUAGUCAAAAAAUCCUAAAGUGAUUUUUCCAAUAGAAUUCUAUAGGAUUAAUGAUUUUUCCUAUAGAAUCCUAUAGGAUUCACGUAUAAUUUAUGAUAUGCUAAAUGAUUUCACCAUUUGUUGAUAAUGACAUCUGAAAAUACUCUGGAUACAUUCAGUAACAUGAUAAGAAUAUUCCUGGAAAAUGUGGGGCAGGUGCAACAUAAGAAAAAAAAAUGACAAGGGUUUGAGAGAGAGGACUAACUAGUGUCUCCAAGUGGCCACACAUCUCCCCAAAGUGUGCACACUUCCUACGUCAUUUCAAUGCACUUUUAUCACUCAAAGAAGAGUCUUCACCUAUAAAGUGCUUUUUUUUUUGGCUCUCCUAGCUGUGCCGUUGAGGAACUAGAGCAAGCACACUGGUAGGAACACAACCCUGUAUCCACGCCAUCACACAAUUACUGUUGUUGUUCACGCAAUCCAAAAACGGCCCAUUAUAAAUCGCAAUCUGGGUCAGGUGGGGCAUCAUUUGAAAGCUUGUUCUAUUGCCAACAUGACUAGCUAAAUUCUAAAAUACAAUCUUACAGUGUUAGGCUUUCACAAGGCAAUUUAGAGAAACAGAUCGUAAUUUUGGUGUGUAUAGAAAGGAGCCAUGAGUUCAUUCAGGUGCGUGUUCUGCAGCAAAUGUUCUUCACAAUAAACAAGCAGGCUCAUUCUGUUCAGAACAAUCCAGGGUACGACGCCAUGUCAUACUUUUACAUCAAACAUAGUGAUCAUAAACGUUGACACUGUAUAUGACAUGAGUUUUAUGAUAUGGAAAUGUGAAGUGCACAUUUGGACUCACGGGUGUAUGGCUUGCUUGUAUGACAUCAAAGCGGUAUUUAUUAUAAUCCUCAAUGUCACCUCUUUCAAAAUACAAUUAGCUAAAGUUGCCCAAUUAGCGGGAGGGAUGGGGGUGCUCAAGUUCAGAACGUCUGUCAGUCAAAACCCAUACAGAGCUGUGAAGCAGACGUAAUUUAUAGGAUGUUACUGUGCAGCCACUGCGUUCCAAUUUAGGCGCUUAUCAGUGCCCAAAUCUGCCAUUUUCAACCCGUACAGUGGGGGAAAAAAGUAUUUAGUCAGCCACCAAUUGUGCAAGUUCUCCCACUUAAAAAGAUGAGAGAGGCCUGUAAUUUUCAUCAUAGGUACACGUCAACUAUGACAGACAAAUUGAGAGAAAAAAAUUCAAGAAAAUCACAUUGUAGGAUUUUUUAUGAAUUUAUUUGCAAAUUAUGGUGGAAAAUAAGUAUUUGGUCACCUACAAACAAGCAAGAUUUCUGGCUCUCACAGACCUGUAACUUCUUCUUUAAGAGGCUCCUCUGUCCUCCACUCGUUACCUGUAUUAAUGGCACCUGUUUGAACUUGUUAUCAGAAUAAAAGACACCUGUCCACAACCUCAAACAGUCACACUCCAAACUCCACUAUGGCCAAGACCAAAGAGCUGUCAAAGGACACCAGAAACAAAAUUGUAGACCUGCACCAGGCUGGGAAGACUGAAUCUGCAAUAGGUAAGCAGCUUGGUUUGAAGAAAUCAACUGUGGGAGCAUUUAUUAGGAAAUGGAAGACAUACAAGACCACUGAUAAUCUCCCUCGAUCUGGGGCUCCACGCAAGAUCUCACCCCGUGGGGUCAAAAUGAUCACAAGAACGGUGAGCAAAAAUCCCAGAACCACAUGGGGGGACCUAGUGAAUGACCUGCAGAGAGCUGGGACCAAUGUAACAAAGCCUACCAUCAGUAACACACUACGCCGCCAGGGACUCAAAUCCUGCAGUGCAAGACGUGUCCCCCUGCUUAAGCCAGUACAUGUCCAGGCCCGUCUGAAGUUUGCUAGAGUGCAUUUGGAUGAUCCAGAAGAGGAUUGGGAGAAUGUCAUAUGGUCAGAUGAAACCAAAAUAUAACUUUUUGGUAAAAACUCAACUCGUCGUGUUUGGAGGACAAAGAAUGCUGAGUUGCAUCCAAAGAACACCAUACCUACUGUGAAGCAUGGGGGUGGAAACGUCAUGCUUUGGGGCUGUUUUUCUGCAAAGGGACCAGGACGACUGAUCCGUGUAAAGGAAAGAAUGAAUGGGGCCAUGUAUCGUGAGAUUUUGAGUGAAAACCUCCUUCCAUCAGCAAGGGCAUUGAAGAUGAAACGUGGCUGGGUCUUUCAGCAUGACAAUGAUCCCAAACACACCGCCCGGGCAACGAAGGAGUGGCUUCGUAAGAAGCAUUUCAAGGUCCUGGAGUGGCCUAACCAGUCUCCAGAUCUCAACCCCAUAGAAAAUCUUUGGAGGGAGUUGAAAGUCUGUGUUGCCCAGCGACAGCCCCAAAACAUCACUGCUCUAGAGGAGAUCUGCAUGGAGGAAUGGGCCAAAAUACCAGCAACAGUGUGUGAAAACCUUGUGAAGACUUACAGAAAACGUUUGACCUGUGUCAUUGCCAACAAAGGGUAUAUAACAAAGUAUUGAGAAACUUUUGUUAUUGACCAAAUACUUAUUUUCCACCAUAAUUUGCAAAUAAAUUCAUUAAAAAUCCUACAAUGUGAUUUUCUGGAUAUUUUUUUCUCAAUUUGUCUGUCAUAGUUGACGUGUACCUAUGAUGAAAAUUACAGGCCUCUCUCAUCUUUUUAAGUGGGAGAACUUGCACAAUUGGUGGCUGACUAAAUACUUAUUUUCCCCACUGUAUAUGGGUACGAGUGUAAAGGGCUACAGUGAAGACUUGGAUGCCAGCAGUGUGUUAGUGGUGCUUUUGGGCAGAGCUGUGGCCUUGGCUUUGGCUUGGUGAGUAAAGGGAAUAGCCUAUAUCCCACUCCUGUCCUGUGUGUGACAGCUGGACACUGCCAGUCACACAACUCCUAGAGCUCCUCGGCUUUCCAGGAAAGUCCCAUCUGGAAUGAUCACCUUGUCUCCUGCAAAUCGUUUUUGAUGUUGUAAAAAGGUGGAUGUUCCAAGGGAGCUUAUCUGACAGAUAUUCCAUCAGGCAUUUUAUAUCCAGAAAUAUAUCAGAAAACAUGACAAACUUUCUCUGAAAAGCAUGAACUUUCUCUGAAACAGACCAUUUCAAACCAUAAUAGUUUUAGAUCCACAUUUCUCAGAUUUGCUUUUUAAGCAACUUUGGGAACAAAGUGGUCCAAUCCGGUAUGUGUUCUUUGUCUAAGCUGAGCUGUGGGGGCUGUACGUCUGAGAGUUAUGGUAGUAAGCACAGCAGAACUGUAAUGGGCCAUUUGAGACUGAAACAUGCCAUUGUGGGAAAAAGUUCAUCAUUGACGUAAUAUGGUUGACCUUACUCAGAUUGUGGCAUUUUUGUUGUUCCUGCAAAACACGUGUUUGUCAUUAUGCAAGCUCCGCUCUGUCUGGCCUGCAGCCAGGAGCAAAACCUAAACUAUGAGAAGCAGGGCUGACGGUUGAGCUGAGAUUUUCUCCUCUAAGUAAGCUCCACAUUCCUGUUUCAACAUAAUACCACCUGUCAGUCACCUCAUCAGCUCCUUUUUGCCUAAAGUCUGUCCUACACACGUACAUUCAUAACAUCUGAAGUAGGCUUGUCCCAUAUUGAUUUAUUUACCUCUCUCUGCUCUGUAAAUAGUUUCACUGUCUUUUUCUGUUAUUUUCGAAUCCUAAACAAACUAAACCAGGUUGAUGGUCCUUCCCCCUCUAAAACAACAGCCCUCUAGUCUUAUUGUGGUAGAGACAUAUGAGAGGGCAGAGAGACUGCAGGUAGUGAGGUAGAGAGCCACCUCCAGCUGCAUCUCCCCUAGCUGGGUAAAGCCCUGUGUGUUCAGUAGGGGCUUGUUAACAGAGCCUUGGAAGAAAGAAAAUACUUACUAAUAGGGGAAGGGAAGUAAAACAUCACCAGGAGAAGAAGGCUUCAGAGCUGGGGCUUCACAGCAGAACAGAGCAACAGCACAACACUUUCACUUUAGAUUUACUGCUUGACUGGAUUGUUUCUCUCGCCAGGCGCCACAAACACUCGCUGGGCGUCCUGUCCCGGAGCCAGGCCCUGGAGGAGCAGGCCUCUGGUGACCUGCCCCUGUUCCACAGCCCUCAAAACUCUGGAUAGGCAGGGGCUGGAGCAGUGGCCUGGGCAGGGUCAGGCCCUGGGGGAGCUCAACGUGGGAGUCUCUCUCUGUGGUUCAUUAAUGGCUGUGGUGUGGGGGCUGGGUAGUAGUUUGGGGGGAGAGGGAGAGGGGUGGUAGUGGUUAGGCUCCAGCGGGGGGAGACCUGGCCUUCACCAGGCCUGCGUCAUCAGCAUCUAUCUGGGCUGCAGGCAGGUGGCCCCGGGCAAGAGAGCUGUAAAUCGCUGAGCUGCAGCAGCUGGUCACGCUUCUGGACCGGAUACAGACAGGCUUUUCGGUGCCCCCAAAUGCGCAUGCACACACACACGACUGACUCCAAUUGAAUCCAUGUUGCUGUGUGUUCAUGUACAGGUAGAAUUUGGUGGCAUUUGUAUUUUUGUCAGGUUUAUAAUUUUUUGGGCCUAGAGAAAACCCAUUGUGAAUUGUUUGUAGUUGUUCUCCUGUUCUCUGUGUGUCUAUGCUGUACCAAGACAGUGGAGAGGAGAGGAGAGGCGAGGCAGCUAAGGAGCAAGAUAUGCGCAGAGGCAGAGGGAGGGCAGCCAAGACUGGGCGUGUCUGUCGUGACACGCGGACGCCCGCAUCCACAAUGGGUCCUGUCUGGGUUGACCGAGUCUCGAGACGGGACGCCGAGCCCAGUCUCUCCCUCCCAGUCGCUCUCCGUGUCCAUGUCCGACUCCCCGUCCAAGCUCCAUCCCAGUCCCUGUACCCAUCCCAUUCCCCGUUGCAGUCUCCGUCACCGUCUCCCAGUCCCCAUCCCCCGUUGAAGUGCUGGGAUCAGCUCCUGGCUCUGGCUUCCAUCUACUUUUCAGGAAUUCCAUGUUGCAUGACUGUAUUUCUUUCCUUGGUGGUUUGUCUCUGGUCUGGUCUCUUGUGUUUCCCUGUGAGGGGCCACAGCUGGCCAUCACAUCCAGACACAGAGCCAGGAAAUAGGGGAGAUCCCUCCCCUCCAAAAGUAAAGUUGCCUUAAGUAGCCUUGUCCGAGCCAGAACAGCCCAUAGGGCAGGAGCAUAUCCCCUGUUUAUGUAGCUUGGGACAGCUUGAUGUACAAGUACAACGCCUAGACAGGACACCAGUCUUUUGCAGGGUCAACAGUAUGUGUUGUCUGGCUGUAUUUGGUUGUUUUGAUGCCCUCAUUGCUCUGGUGGUGGUGGUGGUGUUUGGUUUGGUGUCCUGGAUCUCUCUGUCCUCCAUGUCCUGCUGCAGGAGGAGGAUUUAGCUGCUAGCUCAUCUAGAGAUGGUUGAACCCUUGAAACUUUUCAGAGAAAUAGGGUCCUCAACUAUCUUACAGACAAGCUCACACACACACACACACACACACACCCACCUAUUGCCCUCAACUCUAUUCAUUUUGGGUUGAUGAAAUGGACAGUGCAUUGUUCAACUUGAGUAUAAUCUGAUGAAGUGGACUUUGCUGACAGAUUUUCCUAAGCGAUCCUGUGACAUACAGACGUAAUCACAAAGAGACCUUGUGAUAAAAGGCUUUUGUUGUCCAGCCAAAUAAAGACAUCUCAGCAUAACAGUGGAUUUGAAGGAAAUAACAACCCUAGGCUAUAUGCGCAUUACCCUCAAAAUUGUAAUGGUAUCUUUAGACAUAAACUCUGCAAAAAAAGAAACGUCCCUUUUUCAGGACCCUGUCUUUCAAAGAUAAUUCGUAAAAAUCCAAAUAACUUCACAGAUCUUCAUUGUAAAGGGUUUAAACACUAUUUCCCAUGCUUGUUCAAUGAACCAUAAACAAUUAAUGAACAUGCACCUGCGGAACAGUCGUUAAGUCACUAACAGCUUACAGACGGUAGGCAAUUAAGGUCACAGUUAUGAAAACUUAGGAUACUAAAGAGGCCUUUCUACUGACUCUGAAAAACACCAAAAAGAAAGAUGCCCAGGGUCCCUGCUCAUCUGCGUGAACGUGCCUUAGGCAUGCUGCAAGGAGGCAUGAGGACUGCAGAUGUGGCCAGGGCAAUAAAUUGCAAUGUCCAUACUGUGAGACGCCUACGACAGCGCUACACAGAGACAGGACGGACCUGCACAGGAUCGGUACAUCCGAACAUCACACCUGCGGGACAGGUACAGGAUGGCAACAACAACUGCCCGAGUUACACCAGGAACGCACAGUCCCUCCAUCAGUGCUCAGACUGUCCGCAAUAGGCUGAGAGAGGCUGGACUGAGGGCUUGUAGGCCUGUUGUAAGGCAGGUCCUCACCAGACAUCACCGGCAACAACGUCGCCUAUGGGCACAAACCCACCGUCGCUGGACCAGACAGGACUGGCAAAAAGUGCUCUUCACUGACGAGUCACGGUUUUGUCUCACCGGGGGUGAUGGUCAGAUUUGCAUUUAUCGUCGAAGGAAUGAGUGUACUCUGGAGCGGGAUCGAUUUGGAGGUGGAGGGUCCGUCACGGUCUGGGGUGGUGUGUCACAGCAUCAUCGGACUGAGCUUGUUGUCAUUGCAGGCAAUCUCAACGCUGUGCGUUACAGGGAAGACAUCCUCCUCCCUCAUGUGGUACCCCUCCUACAGGCUCAUCCUGACAUGACCCUCCAGCAUGACAAUGCCACCAGCCAUACUGCUCGUUCUGUGCGUGAUUUCCUGCAAGACAGGAAUGUCAGCUUUCUGCCAUGGCCAGCGAAGAGCCCGGAUCUCAAUCCCAUUGAGCACGUCUGGGACCUGUUGGAUUGGAGGGUGAGGGCUAGGGCCAUUCCCCCCAGAAAUGUCUGGGAACUUGCAGGUGCCUUGGUGGAAGAGUGGGGUAACAUCUCACAGCAAGAACUGGCAGAUCUGAUACAGUCCAUGAGGAGGAGAUGCACUGCAGUACUUAAUGCAGCUGGUGGCCACACCAGAUUCUGAUUGUUACUUUUGAUUUUGACCCCCCCUUUGUUCAGGGACACAUUAUUCAAUUUCUGUUAGUCACAUGUCUGUGGAACUUGUUCAGUUUAUGUCUCAGUUGUUGUAUCUUGUUAUGUCAUACAAAUAUUUACACAUGUUAAGUUUGCUGAAAAUAAACGCAGUUGACAGUGAGAGGACGUUUCUUUUUUUGCUGGGUUUAUUUCAUAUUGUAAGAAUGCAGGUUAAUAUGAUAAUAUUAUGAGAGAGAGGAGCCAUGGGGGGACUGACUGCUGGGUGUUGGUCUGGGUUAUCACAGUGCAGCCCCAGAUCAACACCUGAGAGGAGAAGUGGUAGACGGGUGUGAAAAGCCAAGGAUGACGCUGUCCUCCAACCCCAUUCCCCACUCCCAAGAAUUUUCCAUGGUCCUGCCAGGUCGCCCUGGCGACACGGCUGAGGCUGACACCCCCGGCUGGUCCCCUGCUCCCUCCUCACUGCACCAGUCAGUCAGUCAGUCCCCCUGCCAAGGCUUUGGAUUACAAUCCAGGCCAUCCGUACCAGGGAGGUAGAAUAGAGCAGCAGAGACUGACUGCAGGCAGGCUACAGUGAUCUACUUAGCUAAGGACAGCUCCUUUCACAGCGAUGCAGACUAAAGUAUAGAACCACCCUAUGGAUAUAUUUGUUCUUGUGUCUCCUUGUGCCAUUUAGGCUACUCAGUGUCUUUUAUCUUUGUAUGAUGUUUAUGUGUGUGUGUGUGUGUCGGUGUGGUGCGCUGUGUGUGUGCGCUCUCUCUGUAGAUGUGUAUUUCUGUGUGUAAUGGGCAUAUUUCUCCCAUAUGCGUCUUUGUCUGGGACUCUAAGAACCCUGUCCUCAUUAUCUGUGUGUGCAUCUAAAGAGGGCUGCUGACGCGCUGUGUGUCGCUACCAGCUGACGUCAGCACUGACCUGCUCCUCUCCAUACAAAUCCCCAGCUGCCUGUGUCCCCCUUUUCUCAGUCCCCCUCUUUUAGACAUAUUUUCCAGACAUCCUUUUCCAGACGUUGACGUCAGGUGCAUUUUAGGUGCUGAAUGAAAGGUGAAAAUACUUAUUUUCUGGACGUCAAAAAUACGUAUUUUCCGGACAUUGAAAAUAGAUAAUUUACAGACGUUAAAAAUAAGUCUUUCAAACAAAUGUUAACUGCACAUACAUUCUCAAUGAAGUAAGCAUUAUAUUUUUACAUUUUAGUCAUUUUAGCAGAUGCUCUUAUCCAGAGCGACUUACAGUUAGUGAGUGCAUACAUUUUUCAUACUGGCUCCCAGUGGGAAUCGAACCCACAACCCUGGCGUUGCAAGCACCAUGCUCUACCAACUGAGCUACAGGAGGCCACAAUAAUCAUUCUUCAAGCCUCUUGAUAUAGGAAAGUGGAGCCAACUGAAGAUUGCAACAGAAUAUUUAUUAUUGCGCCCAUCUGUCACAUGCACUGAUGGUAGCUUUUUCAAAAGCUUUAAAACUGGCAGCAAUGAUGUUCAAAGUAAUUCAACCUACAGAAUAAACCAACAGACCACUUCAAUUACAAUAACAUUAUCAGUAAUGGUUCCAAUGUUUGUUGUUGUUGCUAUGACUGUGAUAUUAUCUUGUUUAUCUACCUUAGUUGAAUGCAUUGACUGUAAGAAGCUCUGGAUAAGAGCAUCUGCUGAAUGACAAAAAUGUAAAUGUUAAAAUAAACACUUGCAAAGCAUGCUGGGUAUUAUUCUAAUGAGCUUCACCCCUAAACAAGUACAAAUUUGGUCGGUGCUGACUAGAUCCCAAUCUGAACGUAUCAUAGACGUCUAGGCUAUGUUUCACAAGUUUGAACAUUACAGUACAGUAUGGUACAGUAGAGCACAGCAGAGUACGGUAUGUUAUGUACAGGACAGUAGUUUAAUUGAGUAGAGUACAGUACAGUAAAGUUUAGUUCAGUAGAGUACAUUAGAGUAAAGUAGGGUACAAUACAGUACACUAUACUUUUCUUUACUGUACUCUACUAUGCUCUACUGUAUUGUAGUGUACUGUACUGUACUGUACUAUACUCUACUUUUCUUUACUGUAUUGUGUACUGUACUCUGGUGUGCUCUACUGUGCUGUCCACAUUUGUGAAAUAGGAUUGGUUCAGAUUUGGUCCGCUCCGGAAUCUGAACCAAUCCUAUUUCACAAAUGUGGACAGCACAGUAGAGCACACCAGAGUACAGUACAAUUAUAGACGUCGAUGUUUGGACCAAAUCAAGGCAGGUCCGGACCAGACCAAAUCUGAACCAAACAUAAACGUCUACUGUACUGGGCUGUCCAAACUUGUGAAACAUAGAUGUCUAUGAUUGGUUACGAUUUGGUCCGGACCAGACCAAAUCUGAACCAGUUAUAGGCUUCUAUGUUUGGGCCAAAUCAAGGCCGGACCAAAACAAAUCUGAACCAGUUAUAGAUAUUUCUACAGUAUGUUUGGGCCAAAUAUAGGCUGGUCUGGACUGGACGUCUGUGGACGUUGAAAUCAAGGCCGGUCCAGACCGGACAAAAUCUGAACAUAGGCGUGCGUCUACUGUGCUGUGCUGCACUGUGCCAUCCAAACUUGUGAAACAUAGAUGUCUAUGAUUGGUUCAGAUUUGGUCCGGUCUGGACCGGCCUUGAUUUCAACGCCCGGACGGCACCAAAAAAAGACGGCCGGUCCAGACAGGCCCAAAAAAAGACAUUCAAAUGAAGUCGCCGUCGGUAAAUGCUUAGUGGGAAGCAUCUUCCUCAUACACACAAACAUACACAUCAGUGAAUGCCAUGUUUUUUGGUGCUAGGUCUGUAUAGCUAAAUGGUCUAUGGCAGGGAUCAUCAACUACAAUUUUUUUGUUCCAGGGGACGGAACAUAUUUACAAAUAAUUUGUAGACUGCAAAUUGACAGCAAGAAGCCCAAACAGAUAUAUUUGACUAAAACAUAAUAAUUUCAAACCUUCCUUACAUUUGUAUACGAUCACAUACACUACAUGACCAAAAGUAUGUGGACACAUGCUCAUUGAACAUCUCGUUCCAAAAUCAUGGGCAUUAAUAUGGAGUUGGUCCCCCCUUUGCUGCUAUACCAGCCUCCACUCUUCUGGGAAGGCUUUCCACUAGAUGUUGGAACAUUGCUGCGGGGGCUUGCUUCCAUUCAGCCACAAGAGCAUAAGUGAGGUCGGGCACUGAUGUUUGGCGAUUAGGCCUGGCUCACAGUCGGCGUUCCAAUUCAUCCCAAAGGUGUUCGAUAGGGUUGAGGUCAGGGCUCUGUGCAGGUCAGUCAAGUUCUUCCACACUGAUCGUGACAAACCAUUUCUGUAUGGACCUCGCUUUGUGCACGGGGGCAUUGUCAUGCUGAAACAGGAAAUGGCCUUCCCCAAACUGAUGCCGCAAGGUUGGAAGCACAGAAUCAUCUAGAAUGUCAUUGUAUGCUGUAGCGUUAAGAUGUUCCUUCACUCGAACUAAGGGGCCUAGCCCGAACCAUGAAAAACAGCCCCAGACCAUUAUUCUUCCUCCACCAAACUUUACAGUUGGCACUAUGCAUUGGGCAGGUAGCGUUAUCCUGGCAUCCACCAAAACCAGAUUGGUCCGUCGGACUGCCAGAUGGUGUAGCGUGAUUCAUCACUCCAAAUAAUGCGUUUCCACUGCUCCAGAGUUCAUUGGCGGCGAGCUUUACACCACUCCAGCCGACGCUUGGCAUUGCACAUGGUGAUCUUAGGCUUGUGAACGACUGCUCGGCCAUGGAAACCCAUUUCAUGAAGCUCCAGACGAACAGUUAUGGUGCUGACGUUGCUUCCAGAGGCAGUUUGGAAUUCGGUAGUGAGUGUUGCAACAGAGGACAGAUGAUCUGCAGUCCCGUUCUGUGAGCUUGUGUGGCCUAUCACUUCCCGGCUGAGCCGUUGUUGCUCCUAGACGUUUCCACUUCACAAUAACAGCACUUACAGUUGACAGGGAUGGCAGGAUACAGAAGGUGUAAACGAUACAGUGAAAUGGUUAAAAACAGAAAAUAGCAAUAUCAAAAACAGAAAGUGUCCAGAUAAAAAUAUUGUAUAAAUAUUUUAUAAUUAUUAGAUGACGCUUACCCAAACGCACUUGUCUAAAUUGAUGGGGCAUGUGAAAUAAAUGCUAUAACCACCCCCCAGCCACAUCUAGUAGAUGGGCCACUAUUGUCUAGACAUGAUUUCUGAUUCGAAUAAUAUUACUACACAGAUCAUUCACGUAACGUUAGCUAGUGAGCCAGCAAGUUAACGUUCGCUAGCUAGCUAACAGUAGUCUUUAACUUGCAAUGAAAACAACUUUCUGACAAAAUGUGAAACGUACAAUAUCUGAAAAUGUAGCUAGACUCUUACCCGUAUACAUGGAUGAACGCUUCACGGCAGACUGGUACCAUUUAACUCCGUUUUGUUUGUAGCUACAUCUUGUUUGGCCAGCGUUGUGUCUUGUCACUCCGGUUCACACUGACCUUGGCAUGUGCAGAAAGUAGCCCAUCACAACUUUUUCCAACUGAUCUGUCGAUAGCGCCUGCUAAAUUCAGGCCAUCAAUAUUGUUGAGAAAAGUAGCAUAACUUUUGUAGUUCUCGAUUGCUAACGUUAUAGCUUUCAAAAACGCUGUGGUAGAAAGGACUAUCAAGCACAUACUGAGCAGCUCACGUUAUAGACAGAAGCAUGCUACAUGUCAGACCAAUCCAAACUAUCUCCCGGCAUGUCCAGUCCAUCCAUUUUCUCAGUCAAUCAUGGCUAGCGGGAAGGAUCCUGUCUUUUUCCGUGGCUAAAUGAAAAUUCACAAAAUAAUAAGGUUUGUUUGUUGUAUUUUUGCUCAGAAAACUUGGGGGACAAAUAAAACCACGCGGGCCGCCAGUUGGGGAACCCUGGUCUAUGGUGUGGCAAGCCGUCCGUCUAGAUGCCAGGUUUGGUUGUGGGGAUGUGGCUGACUGUGGUGGUGUUAUUGACGGUUAAGGCCAGGCAGCCAUCAGUCAUCAAAGGAGAUGGCUGGUGUUGCAGCAGGACCAGGGUGUGUAAUAGGGAGUUGUUUUGGUGUGCCUCCCUGCCUGGCUCCCUGGCUGGCUGGCCCUGGUUGGUGGGUGGGGUGGAGCGGGCUGAGGGCUGUAGCGUGUCAGUGUGGAGUUAUUCGGCUCCCUGCCAUAACCCAGGGCUAGGGGCAGGCAGGUGAGAAACGCACAUACUGACACUUUCCCCUCUCCCAGCCACUCACAGCACAAAGCUUGCUCCUCACAAAUACCUCAACCACCUCACACCAAGACCAAGAACCAAAACACCUAACAAAAGUCUCCUCAAUCAAUGAACUAUUUGAGAUUUGAAAACUUUUUUAUUACACUGAACAAAAAUAUAAACGCAACAUGCAAAGUGUUGGUCCCAUGUUUCAUGAGCUGAAAUAAAAGAUCUCAUAAAUGUUUCAUACUCAAAUUUUGUGCACAAAUUUGUUAGUGAGCAUUUCUGCUUUGCCAAGAUAAUCCAUCCACCUGACAGGUGUGGCAUAUCAAGAAGCUGAUUAAACAGCAUGAUCAUUACACAGGUGCACCUUGUGCUGGGGACAAUAAAAGUCCACUCUAAAAUGUGCAGUUUUGUCACACAACACAACGCCACAGAUGUCUUAAGUUUUGAGGGAGUGUGCAAUUGGAAUUUAAUGUUCCUUUCUCUACCAACUUCGUUUUAGAGAAUUUGGCAGUACGUCCAACUGGCCUCACAACCACAGACCACGUGUAACCACGCCAGCCUAGGACCUCCACAUCCGGCUUAUUCACCUGCGGUAUCAUCUGAGACUAGCCUCCCAGACAGCUGAUGAAAUUGUGGGUUUGCACAACCAAAGAAUUUCUGCGCAACUGUCAGAAACCGUCUCAGGGAAGCUUAUCUGUGUGCUCAUCGUCCUCACCAGGGUCUUGACCUGACUGCAUUUCGGCGUUGUAACCGACUUCAGUGGGCAAAUGCUCACCUUCGAUGGCCACUGGCACGCUGGAGAAGUGUGCUCUUCACGGAUGAAUCCCGAUUUUAACUACCGGGCAGAUGGCAGUGGCAUGGGCAAGUUGCAGCGGAGGGUGCAGAGCUGGUGGCCGGGGUAGGGGUAGCCAGGUGGAAAGCAUGGCCAGCCAUAGCAAAAUGCUUGUUGACAUUUUCGAUUAUCGUAGAUUUAUUGGUAGUGACAGUGUUUCCUAGCCUCAGUGCAGUUGGCAGCUGGGAGGAGGUGCUCUUAUUCUCCAUGGACUUUACAGUGUCCCAAAACUUUUUGGAGUUAGUGCUACAGGAUGCAAAUUUCUGUUUGAAAAAGCUAUCCUUUGCUUUCCUAACUGAUUGUGUAUAUUGGUUCCUGACUUCCCUGAAAAGUUGCAUAUCGCGGGGGCUGUUCGAUGCUAAUGCAGUACGCCACAGGAUGUUUUUGUGCUGGUCAAGGGCAGUCAAGUCUGGGGUGAACCAGGGGCUAUAUCUGUUCUUAGUUCUGAAUUUUUUGAAUGGGGCAUGCUUAUUUAAGAUGGAGAGGAAAGCACUUUUAAAGAACAACCAGGCAUCCUCUACUGACGGAAUGGGGUCAAUAUCCAUCCAGGAUACCCGGGCUAGGUCAAUUAGAAAGGCCUGCUCGCUGAAGUGUUUUAGGGAGCGUUUGACAGUGAUGAGGGGUGGUCCUGGUUGAAGACAGCGGAGGUGUAUUUAGAGGGUAAAUUAGUCAGGAUGAUAUCUAUGAGGGUGCCCAUGUUAACGGAUUUAGGGUUGUACCUGGUAGGUUCCUUGAUAAUUUGUGUGAGAUUGAGGGCAUCUAGUUUAGAUUGUAGGACGGCCAGGGUGUUAAACAUAUCCCAGUUUAGGUCACCAAGCAAUACGAACUCUGAGGAUAGAUGGGGGGCAAUCAAUUCACAAAUGGUGUCCAGGGUACAGCUGGGGGCUGAGGGGGGUCUGUAGCAAGCGGCAACAGUGAGAGACUUAUUUCUGGAAAGGUGGAUUUUUAGAAGUAGAAGCUCAAACUGUUUGGGCACAGACCUGGAUAGUAGGAUAGAGCUCUGCAGGCUAUCUCUACAGUAGAUUGCAACUCUGCCCCCUUUGGCAGUUCUAUCUAGACGGAAAAUGUUGUAGUUGGGAAUGAACAUUUCUGAAUCUUUGGUGGCCUUCCUAAGCCAGGAUUCAGACACUGAUAGAACAUCAGGGUUGGUGGAGUGUGCUAACGGAGUGAAUAACUCAAAUUUAGGGAGGAGGCUUCUGAUGUUAACAUGCAAGAAGCCAAGGCUUUUGCGGUUACAGAAGUCAACAAAUGAUAGCGCCUGGGGAGUAGGAGUCAUACUGGGGGCUACAGGGCCUGGGUUAACAUCUACAUCACCAGAGGAACAGAGGAGGAAACGAAUAAGGAUACGGCUAAAGGCUUUAAGAACUGGUCUUCUAGUGCGUUGGGUACAGAGAAUAAAAGGGGAAGAUUUCCGGGCGUUGUAGAAUAGAUUCAGGGCAUUAUGUACAGACAAGGAUAUGGAAGGAUAUGAGUACAGUGGAGGUAAACCUAAGCGUUGGGUAACGAUGAAAGAGAUAGCAUCACUGGAGGCACCGAUUGAGCCAGUCUCUGCGUGUGUGGGGGGUGGGACAAAGGAGCUAUCUGAGGCAGGUUGAGCGGGACUGGGGGCUCUACAGUGAAAAAGUACAGUAAGAACUAACCGAAACAGCAAUAGACAAGGCAUAUUGACAUGGGAGAAAGGCAUAAAGCAAUCACAGGUGUUAUUCGAGAGAGCAAGACAACAGCUGGUAAUGGUGUUGAAAGUUUGAGCUGAGGCUAAACAGAUAAACAGGAUGAGGUACCGUAUAAAGGAACAGUCCAGCAGGCAUCAGCUGUGUAGCUGAGUGAUCAUAAGGUCCAGUGAACAGCAAUAGGUGAGUCCGGGAGCAGUUCAGUGGCUGCUACGGCACAGGCGAACAGGAGGCACGGCUGUUGAUUGCGUGUGCUAGCGCGUCGGGGCUAGCAGAUGGAUCUUCGUGGUCGUCGCAAUGGGAAGCCUGUUGAAACCACAUCAGACGAUUACGUCGGCAGACCAGUCGUGAUGGAUCGGCGGGGCUCCGUGUCAACACUAGGAGGUCCCGUCCGGUUGACAGAGAGGUAGAUAGCCGGGAGAUGGGCCUGGCUUGAGGCUAGCUCAAGGCUAACUGGGGCUUGCUUCGGGACAGUGGUGAUUAGCCAACAACAACAACAACAGCCAUUCGGUUGCAGCUAGCUAGUUGCGAUGAUCCGGUGUUAAGGUCCAGUGAUUCAGUGAUUCCGGCAGAAAAUCCGAUAAACUCUGGCUCGAUAGCGCUAUGUGCAGACUGGCCGAUAAUUGUCCAGGCUAGAGCUGGCUGGUAGGUAGUGCAGGCCAUGGACAAUGGUGAAGACCGCUAACGGUGUCUAAUAGCAAGUAGCUAGUUAGCUGGCUAGUUUCAGUCGGAGGUUCUAGAUAAGAAGGUAUAAAGAAAUAAUAGAAUCCGUUCCACAUUGGGUGAGGCGACCUAAGCUCAUAGUAAUCCUAAUACUUUGCCAGAACUGCCGCCCGUUUGGUAAGAAGUAAUGCAUGUAUUUAUGUCUUCGUCGUCUCUGUUGGACCCAGGCCUUCAUGGGAAGGGUUGAUUGGGCCUUCUCUUUUCGGAUGGCCUUUUAGAUGUAAGGCUCAGAUGUUAGGCUCAGAUUGUCCACAAGAGGUCACAAUGUCCUUCUUCUUAGUCGUCUGUUUACUUUCACUCGUUCUGGAAGUGGUCUUCUGAGGAAGGCUAAUAUGCCGUGUCGAUGAUCCCCUGUGGGGUGAUGAGAGCAGUGUAGUAGACGAUGGUUUGAAGAGAGUAACAGGAUGGUCCCACUUAAAUUCACCUUCUUCUUAGAUACAGUACUUAGAACAGCUACUCAGCCGUAACAUUGAUUGUUAGUGGAGGCAACUUUGUCGUCGUUACCUCGUGUUGAUUUUCAGGGUCGGGACCACAAUGGACAAAAGCUGCAGCUUGAGGUCCGUCUAGUCUGAUCUGAUAAUUCUUAUCUCAGUCUUUUAUGCACUCUGGUAAAGAGGGACGUUUCCGUCAUACUGACACGCUCUCUGAGCUCCCUCGGGCGUGGCUACGAGGCAAAAGUAUUAUUAUCACUAUGAUUUUGUUAGAAAGCUAAAAUCACAUUCCUAUCUUCAUGGAAACAUUGUCUUCCUCCUUGACAUAAAUGAUGUAAACCUAAUAUACACAGUGUAAAAGCUCUUCAAGUCACAAUGUUUUUGUUAUAACACCUUUUUACAAUUUUUAAUGACGUCACAAAAUAGACAUUAAUUUUCCAUAUUCCAUUUCUCAUCAUUCCCAACAUUUAGAUGUUGAAAUAUAUUGUCCCAAUGUUCAUUGUUGGAUGUUGAAGUUUUUGGGCAGCAAAAGUCUCUGACACAAAGGACAUUCCUUUCACCAUACUAGAGGCCGGAGAGAGUCAUGACACCUACAAUUGAAGUCGGAAGUUUACAUACACUUAGGUUAGUCAUUAAAACUUGUUUUUCAACCACUCCACACAUUUCUUGUUAGCAAACCUAUAGUUUUGGCAAGUCGGUUAGGACAUCUACUUUGUGCAUGACACAAGUAAUUUUUCCAACAAUUGUUUACAGACAGAUUAUUUAACCUAUAAUUCACUGCAUCACAAUUCCAGUGGAUCAGAAGUUUACAUACACUAAGUUGACUGUGCCUUUAAACAGCUUGGAAAAUUCCAGAAAAUGAUGUCAUUCUGAUAGGCUAAUUGACAUAAUUUGAGUCAAUUGGACAUGUACCUGUGGAUGUAUUUCAAGGCCUACUUUCAAACUCAGUGCCUCUUUGCUUGACAUCAUGGGAAAAUCAAAAGAAAUCUGCCAAGACCUCAGAAAAAUAGCAAUUUCCAAACGUCCGAAUGUACCACGUUCAUCUGUACAAACAAUAGUACGCAAGUAUAAACACCAUGGGACCACUCAGCUGUCAUACCGCACAGGAAGGAGACGCGUUCUGUCUCCUAGAGAUGAAUGUACUUUGAUGCGAAAAGUGCAAAUCAAUCCCAGAACAACAGCAAAGGACCUUGUGAAGAUGCUGGAGGAAACAGGUACAAAAGUAUCUAUAUCCACAGUCCUAUAUCGACAUAACCUGAAAGGCCGCUCAGCAAGGAAGAAGCCACUGCUCCAAAACCGCCAUAAAAAAGCCAGACAACGGUUUGUAACUACACAUGGGGACAAAGAUCUUACUUUUUGGAGAAAUGUCCUCUGGUCUGAUGAAACAAAAAUAGAACUGUUUGGCCGUAAUGACCAUCGUUAUGUUUGGAGGAAAAAGGUGGAUGCUUGCAAGCCGAAGAACACAAUCCCAACCAUGAAGCACGGGGGUGGCAGCAUCAUGCUGUGGGGGUGCUUUGCUGCAGGAGUGACUGUUGCACUUCAUAAAAUAGAUGGCAUCAUGAGGAAGGAAAAUUAUGUGGAUAUAUUGAAGCAACAUCUCAAGACAUCAGUCAGGAAGUUAAAGCUUGGUCGCAAUUGGGUCUUCCAAAUGGACAAUGCAUACUUCCAAAGUUGUGGCAAAAUGGCUUAAGGACAACAAAGUCAAGGUAUUGGAGUGGCCAUCACAAAGCCCUGACCUCAAUCCUAUUGAACAUUUGUGGGCAGAACUGAAAAAGCGUGUGCGAGCAAGGAGGCCUACAAACCUGACUCAGUUAGACCAGUUCUUUCAGGAGGAAUGGGCCAAAAUUCACCCAACUUAUUGUGGGAAGCUUGUGGAAGGCUACCCAAAACGUUUGACCCAACUUAAACAAUUUAAAGGCAAUGCUACCAAAUACUAAUUGAGUGUAUGUAAACUUCUGACCCACUGGGAAUGUGAUGAAAGAAAUAAAAGCUGAAAUAAAUCAUUCUCUCUACUAUAAUUCUGAGAUUUCACAUUCUUAAAAUAAAGUGGUGAUCCUAACUGACCUAAAACAGGGAAUUUUUACGAGGAUUAAAUGUCAGGCAUUGUGAAAAACUGAGUUGAAAUGUAUUUGGCUAAGGUGUAUGUAAACUUCCGACUUCAACUGUAUAUUGUGACUAUAUCAGCCCUAUAUUGUGACUAUAUUAGGCCCUUUAUUGUGACUAUAUUAGGCCCUAUAUUAUGACUAUAUUGUGACUAUAUCAGGCCCUAUAUUGUAACUAUAUUGUGACUAUAGUAGUAGGCUCCAUUGUGACCUUCUCAUACAGAUAAGAAUGUUCCAGUAUGUUUACCUCCAUUUUAAUUUACAAGUAGAGUUGUGUUAAAAUAGGAGAGGGUGUAGCAUAGCUUGAUUUACAAUCCUCCAUAUUUGCAUUGGUACUGUUGUACACAUAGUAUUGUACCAUGUUGCAUAAACGUGUGUGUGUGUGUGUCUAUAUGUGUAGCGUACUUGGAUGUGUUCAUCCUCAUGACAAUCCUCCUCUUUCUUGUUAAGAAUAACACAUGAUGCUCUCUUUUGACCUAAAAACUGGUGAAUCAUCUGUAAUAAGGCAGGUGUGUGUGUGCGUGUGCGUGUUACGUUGUUGUUACACACCACAGUAGAUAGCUAACAGGCCUGUGUAUUUUGGCCAUUCAACUCUGCUGUUGACCCACCUUCCCCUGUCUCUGGAACUGUAUUAAAUUCACAGUAAAGUCAUGUGUGAACAGAGCUUGGCAUGUUUUGUGUGAGACUACAUGUUGAGGUGAAGAGAAACAUAGAGUGUACAGAGAGAUACGAACAGGCCGUACGUGUGUGUGUACGUAUGUGUGUACGUGUGUGUGUGUGUGUGCUCACAGAGGUGUGAACAAAGCGUCAGAGGGACACACGUGUCUGAGGAACACGCUACCUAGCUCCAGUCUGACAGCCAGGCCAGCAGCAUGUCUCGACUGCGUCAUCCACUCCACGGCAUCCUUUCUCUCUCUAUCUCUCUCUCACUCCCUCCACUCCAUGGCAGCCUCUCUCUCUCCCUCCAUCUCUGUCACUCCCUCCCUCCCUCUCUCCCGUUUCUCUCUCGUCUCUCGUCACCCUCUCCCUCCCUCCGACCCAUCUCUCGCUCUCCUCCCUCCCCCCUAUCUCUCUGUAAACAAGCAGACGUCCAACAGAUCUUUCCUCCGGCCCUCUCCCACCAUCCCGUUGCCAUGGUGUUUGGAGCAUUGUUUGCUGGCCUCUGUUGAGUUGCCAUGGCAGUGCUUAUUUGCUGUACUAAAUGUUUGGCCGCGUUGUACAGAUUCUGAUGACAAACACGGAGCAUCCCGCUCUGAUCAAUGAAACUGCCUCUGAUUGGAGCGGAAGGAACAAGGCCUCUCACAGAAGCGCAGCACAGAUACAUUUGCCAUCCAAUCUAACCUAUUUAAUGGCCUUAUAUUCUUUGUGUCUGGUGUCUUUUGAUGCAGAUAAAAUAUGUUUUGGGGUGACAUUCCCUUGACAUAAAUGCUUUGGUUUCUGUGUUCAAUCAGAGGAGCUCUGGUUGCAAUUAUUGGUUGUCUGAUAAUCAAUUAUUAUUUAGAACAACACUGGUAUCACUCACACUCCCAGAGUGCAUCACUCCUCAUUACACCUGCUAUCACACUCUCUAGCAGUCUACUACUGAACACACAACCUAGACUAAGGAUCCUGUGCAAUCACAAAGGUAUCCUUAUUUGCUCCGUUAGUUAAAGCUAAGAAACAAAUGUCUUUGAGGAUUACAUUUAGGAUUCAUGUGAUUUAUGUGAACGUUUACAAUUAUGUGAAACAAAAAGAGAACUGGAUAAUAAAUGCUUUCUUGCAUUGCAUAAAGGAUGUUGUUUUACCUUCCCUGCACUAUGUUCGAGUGUAUUGGUGAUCAGUGAACUAACACUUAAGCAUCAAAGAUGCACCAAACAUUUACAGUGUAAUUAUAUGAUAUGUCAAUGUUCUAAUGUUCUCUCAGACAGUUGAGCUUAGUGCAUACUGGUCUACUUCAAUCUACAUCAUGACUAGACUUAUACUGCCUGGGAUUGUGCUUUCUGUCUAUUUAGAUGUGAGUUGCUGUGUGUUUUUGUGUUUAAGUUUGAGAGGUGGUCUGUGAGUAGAGACUAGAGAGAGCAGAGGCCUUGAAGUGUGUCCAUCCAUCCACAUGCCUCUAGCACACCCCCCUGUGGCCAGUAGAAAGACUACAUGCUCUCUGAGUCUUGAGGGAAUGAGUGUUUGCUCUCUGGGUUUAACAUGGCGACUAACCCGUGUGUUCCUUCCUCUCUGUGAGGACAUGUAGAGGCCUAAUGAUCUCCCUGUAUGAUGGUAGACUGCUCCCAAGACACACACGCUUCAGGACAGAUGGUUCUACUCUGUCUAGACUAUAGAUCGUCCACAGAUACUGUUGGGUGUUUGUUGCUGUUAUUUUGUUGUUCCCAGAAGUGGUAGUUUGACCAUUUAAACUCAUUUAUAUGCAGUAGCCUAUUUAAUAUGUUUUAUUGAAGUGAAAAUACUGUCCAAAAAGUAGACAAACUAGUUAAUUAAAUAAUAUCAACAAAUGGUAGAAAUGGUAUCCGUAGCAUUCAUUUCUAGAGUUUGUACUGUAGGUCUAGGCCUAUCUAAACAAAUUCACAUCAAUUCAACACCUAGGUCUAGUUGUUGCAAUGUGUAGUAAGUAAACCUACGACCCAGUAUGUGACAACUGAAGUUUAACACUAGUGGCAUAGUAGCAGUUUGUCUGUGGUGUGAGACUGUUUGAGCUCCUGUUUGGUGACUUUUUUCUCAGACAGAUAAUGUGGAAAUGCUGGUCAUUGACGUAAUUGGGGCUAGAUAAAAUCUGAGAGCACCACCAUUGACGUUUCAUUGUGGUCGGCUGGUCGCGGUGGUUUGCUUUUUGUGUUUUUCCUUUCUACAAAAUGCAUAAGUUAGAGACAGUAGCUCUCUAUGUGUGUGUAGGCCUAAAUAACACUCUACAGCAGUAGAAAGUCCACAGUGUGGUAAUUCUUUUAUGUAAGCUGUUUGACUUGAUUCUAUCAUACCCCCAUGGGUUUACUUUAGGAUAACUACUAGAGGUGAAUAAAGUAACAACACUUUCUCAUUGACCUCUUUAAUAUGCUACAACAGUUACACUUUGUCUAAUGCUGUAAAAUAGACUGUUUCUCAUUGACCUCUUUAAUAUUCUACAACAGUUACACUAUGGCUAAUGCUGUAAAAUAGACAAUGUUUCUCAUUGACGUCUUUAAUAUUCUACAACAUUUACAGUAUGUUUAAUGCUGUAAAAUAGACUGUUUCUCAUUGACCUCUUUAAUAUUCUACAACAGUUACACUGUCUAAUGCAGUAAAAUAGACUAUAUAUCUCAUUGACCUCUUUAAUAUUCUACAACAGUUACACUAUGUCUAAUACUGUAAAAUAGACUGUUUCUCAUUGUGGACCUAUUGUAUUAGAAAUGAUGCAUGUUGAAGCGCUUCACAUGUUAUGGUAAAACAACAAUAGUUGGUUCUGAUUAAUUAAUACCUGCAUGUGUGUAUAUACAGUGAGGGAAAAAAGUAUUUGAUCCCCUGCUGAUUUUGUACGUUUGCCCACUGACAAAAACAUGAUCAGUCUAUAAUUUUAAUGGUAGGUUUAUUUUGAACAUUGAGAGACAGAAUAACAUCAACAAAAUCCAGAAAAACGCAUGUCAAAAAUGUUAUAAAUUGAUUUCCAGUUUAAUGAGGGAAAUAAGUAUUUGACCCCUCUGCAAAACAUGACUUAGUACUUGGUGACAAAACCCUUGUUGGCAAUCACAGAGGUCAGAUGUUUCUUGUAGUUGGCCACCAGGUUUGCACACAUCUCAGGAGGGAUUUUGUUCCACUCCUCUUUGCAGAUCUUCUCCAAGUCAUUAAGGUUUCGAGGCUGACGUUUGGCAACUCGAACAUUCAGCUCCCUCCACAGAUUUUCUAUGGGAUUAAGGUCUGGAGACUGGCUAGGCCACUCCAGGACCUUAAUCUGCUUCUUCUUGAGCCACUCCUUUGUUGCCUUGGCCGUGUGUUUUGGGUCAUUGUCAUGCUGGAAUACCCAUCCACGACCCAUUUUCAAUGCCCUGGCUGAGGGAAGGAGGUUCUCACCCAAGAUUUUACGGUACCCGUCCAUCGUCCCUUUGAUGCAGUGAAGUUGUCCUGUCCCCUUAGCAGAAAAACACCCCCAAAGCUUAAAAUUUCCACCUCCAUGUUUGACGGUGAGGAUGGUGUUCUUGGGGUCAUAGGCAGCAUUCCUCCUCCUCCAAACACGGCGAGUUGAGUUGAUGCCAAAGAGCUCCAUUUUGGUCUCAUCUGACCACAACACUUUCACCCAGUUCUCCUCUGACUCAUUCAGAUGUUCAUUGGCAAACUUCAGACGGCCCUGUCUAUGUGCUUUGUUGAGCAGGGGGACCUUGCGGGCGCUGCAGGAUUUCAGUCCUUCACGGCGUAGUGUGUUACCAAUUGUUUUCUUGGUGACUAUGGUCCCAGCUGCUUUGAGAUCAUUGACAAGAUCCUCCCGUGUAGUUCUGGGCUGAUUCCUCACCGUUCUCAUGAUCAUUGCAACUCCACGAGGUGAGAUCUUGCAUGGAGCCCCAGGCCGAGGGAGAUUGACAGUUAUUUUGUGUUUCUUCCAUUUGCGAAUAAUCGCACCAACUGUUGUCACCUUCUCACCAAGCUGCUUGGCGAUGGUCUUGUAGCCCAUUCCAGCAUUAUGUAGGUCUACAAUCUUGUCCCUGACAUCCUUGGAGAGCUCUUUGGUUUUGGCCAUGGUGGAGAGUUUGGAAUCUGAUUGAUUGAUUGCUUCUGUGGACAGGUGUCUUUUAUACAGGUAACAAGCUGAGAUUAGGAGCACUCCCUUUAAGAAUGUGCUCCUAAUACAUUUACAUUUCAGUCAUUUAGCAGACGCUCUUAUCCAGAGCGACUUACAGUUAGUGAAUACAUAUUUUUUUUUUUUUUUUAUACUGGCCCCCCGUGGGAAUCAAACCCACAACCCUGGCGUUGCAAACGCCAUGCUCUAUCAACUGAGCUACAUCCCUGCCGGCCAUUCCCUCCCCUACCCUGGACGACGCUGGGCCAAUUGUGCGCCGCCCAUGAGUCUCCCGGUCGCGGCCGGCUGCGACAGAGCCUGGAUUCGAACCAGGAUCUCUAGUGGCACAGUUAGCACUGCGAUGCAGUGCCUUAGACCACUGCGCCACUCAGGAAUCUCAGCUCGUUACCUGUAUAAAAGACACCUGGGAGCCAGAAAUCUUUCUGAUUGAGAGGGGGUCAAAUACUUAUUUCCCUCAUUAAAAUGCAAAUCAAUUUAUAACAUUUUUGACAUGCGUUUUUCUGGAUUUUUUUGUUGUUAUUCUGUCUCUCACUGUUCAAAUAAACCUACCAUUAAAAUGAUAGACUGAUAAUUUCUUUGUCAGUGGGCAAACGUACAAAAUCAGCAGGGGACCAAAUACUUUUUUCCCUCACUGUAUAUAUAUAUCUGUAAUACACACACCUAGACCUACGUCCUAGCAAGGCUGCCUGACUGAUGUGUGUGUUUUCCCUCUUUCAGAUGAUCCUAUGGGACUGGGACCUGAAGCAGUGGUACAAGCCCCAGUAUCAGGUCAGUGUGUUCACACACCACCCAACACACAAACACCCACACACACACACACACACACACACACACCACACACACACACCACACCACACACACACACACCACACACCACACACACACACACACACACACACACCACACACACACACACACACACACACACACCACACACACACACAAAGAGAAUAUACUCAUCUGGAUACAGUAUAUCACUAUUAGAGCACAUGUGCAGUCUAUCAUUCACAUCAGGUCUCCCGAGUGGCGCAGUGGUCUAAGGCACUGCAUCGCAGUGCUAGCUGUGCCACUAGAGAUCCUGGUUCGAAUCCAGGCUCUGUCGUAGCCGGCCACGACCGGGAGACCCAUGGGGCGGCGCACAAUUGGCCCAGCGUCGUCCAGGGUAGGGGAGGGAAUGGCCGGCAGGGAUGUAGAGCAUGGCGUUUGCAACGCCAGGGUUGUGGGUUCGAUUCCCACGGGGGGCCAGUAUGAAAAAUAAAAAGAUAAUGUAAGUCGCUUCAGGGUUGGGGAUAAUUUCCUAUUUUACUUUCAAUCCAUGGAAUGAGUUGGAAUGACAUGUAUACAAACUAGACCAUCAACCCUGAUAGGGUAACAAUAAUUUGAAUUCCCAGAGAGGGCACAUUGAAUUGACAAAAUGUAAGUAAAAGAGGAUACUGAAUAAAAAUGGUAUUAGUGUAGUUCUUUGAAAUAUUUAAUCAUAUUUCAAAGAAUUGAGGCUGUGGAUUUAUUUAACUAACUCCAACCUUUUUGGACAUCAGAUUAUCUUGAUAGAUUUUGGAGUACCUCCACAUAAUCUAUUUUCUAAUCUAGUAUACUGGCCUUGUGUUCCAAUUUAUUGUCAAAUCACUGACACACGUUUUAUACUAGGUCUACUUUAAUAUGCAUCAUAAAAUGGAAGCAUCUGUGUUUUUUGUAAGUGUGUGUGUGUGCGUGUGCGUGUGUGGUGCAUGCACGUGUUUGAGCUGUGUGUGUAGGCCUGCCUAUGUAUAUGUGUGUGUGUGUGUGUAUUUUGUGCCUUAUGUGUGUGUUGUCAUCCUGUUGGGGUCCACAGUGUUUUGCAGACAUGCUGUACAUGUAGAUCAACAGGAAGCUGUGCUCCUCUGACUGAAGUCUGCCCCCACUCAUCACUCACCACUCAUUGUGGCCACAGAGCUGGGGCUUAAAAGGCAGCUUAGUUCUCCAAACCCUCUAGUCUUUUAUAUGGGGUCUAUCAGCACAGCAACAGUCAGUAGGUUGAGCAGGAUGAGAAUUCGUGAUCUUAAGAAUAAGGAUUUUCUUAUGAACUUCUCAAAUGUCUUCUUAUGAACUUCUUAACUGUCUUAAGAUGAUUGUAGCAAGGCAACCCAGCUGUCUCUCUAGCGAUGGCAAUCAUGUUAGCAUAUUUCUAACUGUUCUAAAAUAUGUUAUUGGGUUUAAAACAAUCAACACUGAAACUUUCAGAUGAAGUUUGUGAGUCAAUUAAACAUGUUAAAUAGCUUUCAUUAGCAUAUUCUCUCACUUCCAUGAGUUUAAGACAAGGGUUUAGCUAUCUUGGAAUUCCAAGAAGAAAUCAAAUAACUUUAUUUUCAAGAAUCUAAUUUCUUCUUAAUUUUUUGCUUAAGGAGAAACAUAAGAAGUAACAUGAUAACAUUUCCAAGAACCUUUUUGAGGAAUAGCAACUUUGCUUAAUUUUCUUCAUAAGUCCAUAGUUAAGGAAGAAAUUGCAAUUAAGAAGGAAUUUCUUCUUAAGAAGGUUUUGUGAAUCCAAGCCCAGGUGUUUUCUUGUGUUUGGUAAUUUAAAUCCAAUCUGGGUUCAUUAGAAACAGUGGAAAGGAAUGAGGAAAUGACACCAGGCUCUCUUCUUUAGUACAGUAUAUACUGUAUGUUUGUGUUGUGCUCUGCUGAACGAGGCAUCUCUCUGACAUGUGUCCUGUUGUCUCCUCCGUGUCCCCAGGGAGCAGUAAGCGGUAACGGGGUGGACUUAUCGGUCAUCAACGAGGCCAGGAACAUGGUGUCUGACCUGCUGAUGGACUCGUCCCUGUCGCCCCACACUGUCUCUUCCCUGCGCAGCGUCAGCAGCCUCAUGGGGACCUUCUCUGGCUCCUGUCGGCCCAGGGUCAACCCCUUCACCCCCUUCCCAGGUUUCUACUCCUGUACCGAGGUGGAGGACCCUGCAGAGAGGGGCGACAGGAAGCCCCUGAAGGUAGGCCCUCCAGCAGCCUUCUGAAUGUGUUACUAGCAGGUCAUAACUAACACACAGACAGAAGCCUGCUGAGACUAGCAGGCCAACACAUUAUCCACUAACACAUUAUCCACUAACACAUUAUCCACUUAUACAUGGUAUCUUAUCCACUUAUACAUGGUAUCUUAUCCACUUAUACAUGGUAUCUUAUCCACUUAUACAUGGUAUCUUAUCCUCAUAAUGAACGUUCCUCUUCUAUAUGUUCACCAGUGUUAUGUAGACAUGGUUUUUUUGUUUUUAGUUGAACCUGCUCUACUCUAUGUAGCCUGGUAGUGUGCUGAAUAUAAACUCAGCAAAAAAAGAAACGUCCUCUCACUGUCAACUGCGUUUAUUUUCAGCAAACUUAACAUGUGUAAAUAUUUGUAUGAACAUAACAAGAUUCAACAACUGAGACAUAAACUGAACAAGUUCCACAGACAUGUGAUGUUACCCCACUCUUCCACCAAGGCACCUGCAAGUUCCCGUACAUUUCUGGGUGGAAUGGCCCUAGCCCUCACCCUCUGAUCCAACAGGUCCCAGACGUGCUCAAUGGGAUUGAGAUCCGGGCUCUUCGCUGGCAAUGGCAGAGCGGUGACAUUCCUGUCUUGCAGGAAAUCACGCACAGAAUGAGCAGUAUGGCUGGUGGCAUUGUCAUGCUGGAGGGUCAUGUCAGGAUGAGCCUGCAGGAAGGGUACCACAUGAGGGAGGAGGAUGUCUUCCCUGUAACGCACAGCGUUGAGAUUGCCUGCAAUGACAACAAGCUCAGUCCGAUGAUGCUGUGACACACCACCCCAGACCGUGACGGACCCUCCACCUCCAAAUCGAUCCCGCUCCAGAGUACAGGCCUCGGCAUAACGCUCAUUCCUUCGACGAUAAAUGCGAAUCCAACCAUCACCCCUGGUGAGAUUAAACCGCGACUCGUCAGUGAAGAGCACUUUUUGCCAGUCCUGUCUGGUCCAGCGACGGUGGGUUUGUGCCCAUAGGCGACGUUGUUGCCGGUGAUGUCUGGUGAGGACCUGCCUUACAACAGGCCUACAAGCCCUCAGUCCAGCCUCUCUCAGCCUAUUGCGGACAGUCUGAGCACUGAUGGAGGGAUUGUGCAUUCCUGGUGUAACUCGGGCAGUUGUUGUUGCCAUCCUGUACCUGUCCCGCAGGUGUGAUGUUCGGAUGUACCGAUCCUGUGCAGGUGUUGUUACACGUGGUCUGCCACUGCGAGGACGAUCAGCUGUCCGUCCUGUCUCCGUGUAGCGCUGUCUUAGGACAUUGCAAUUUAUUGCCCUGGCCACAUCUGCAGUCCUCAUGCCUCCUUGCAGCAUGCCUAAGGCACGUUCACGCAGAUGAGCAGGGACCCUGGGCAUCUUUCUUUUGGUGUUUUUCAGAGUCAGUAGAAAGGCCUCUUUAGUGUCCUAAGUUUUCAUAACUGUGACCUUAAUUGCCUACCGUCUGUAAGCUGUUAGUGUCUUAACGACCGUUCCACAGGUGCAUGUUCAUUAAUUGUUUAUGGUUAAUUGAACAAGCAUGGGAAACAGUGUUUAAACCCUUUACAAUGAAGAUCUGUGAAGUUAUUUUAUUUUCUGUGAAGUUUUACGAAUUAUCUUUGAAAGACAGGGUCCUGAAAAAGGGACCUUUCUUUUUUUGCUGAGUUUCCAUCUGCCUGUGACUGUGCUGUAGCAUCAUUGACCAAAAUGUAAUAAUGUCUCCCUCCUCCCCUCCACACACCCAGGGUCUUAGCAGCAGGAACAGCCUGCCCACCCCCCAACUCCGCCGGGGCUCCACCUCCUCCCCUCUCCCCCCUCUGGAGUCGGCCUCCUCCCGCUGGGAACGCAACAACGGCAAGAGACCGGGACCCCACCCUGACCUCAAUAUGACCAGGUACGAUCACCAUCAGGUGGGACUUCAGAGUUCAGACACCCCCUGACCUCAGUGCCACCAGGUUAAAGACAUGCCCCGGUAGUGUUAUAAACCUCACGGUUUUGGCUAAGUGUGUCAAUGUGCAGUUCAUACAUGCAUAAUCUAUGAGCAGAAUUACUGUCUUUCCUCAAUUAGCCACGAAAUCCCUAAUUUGAAAGCGACUGUUUUUUUUAGAAGCUGUGUGGCGCCAUUUUCCCUACAUUUACCCCCACGUGGGCCAGCCCCCUAGCAAUUCGAGUUUCAGCCAAUGAGCGUCAGCCCCUCACCAUUUGAGUGACAGCUAGCAAGACGCACACACAGUAGAGAGAGAGAGCAAUGACGUGGUGCACAAAUCUGUACAUUUACGAGGUAGCACGUAAUUUUCGGGGACCAUUUUUUGCUUGUGGGCACUACUUUCAGAACUGCUGGCUAAAAAGUAUACAAAAGUACCAGAGAAUAUCUUUAAUGGUCAGGGCAUUUUCAACAUGGCACACUCCCCAUCUUUACCCUGACAUUAACAAACAGGCCCUCCCUCAGCAACACAUUCUUUGUUACCAUCAGUCUUUGAUUAAUCUCCCUGCAGAUGUAAUUCUCCUUUAUAUCCACUGGGAGGCAGUAGUGAUCAAGAUCUGUAAGCUGAUUGCCUAACAGAUAAUGACCAUAACAUUCCUUCAUUCUCUUUGUUCCAAAAAUGUUUAGAUGACUCACUUGAUAUUUUAGUGAUCUUUGAUCUUUUAGGGAUCUUUGUCUUCUGGAAGGAUACAUUUUCAACAUUGAUUUUCAUUGUCUUACUUUGAGCAUCAAAUGAGUUACUGUAUGCUAUGUAACAUUUCUCUAAGCAGUUCAUCUUUAGACAUAAGAGCGGGUGUGAAAAAGUUCAUCUUUAUAAUGGUGUACAUUGAAUAUGAAAGCAUUUUAACUGAUGUUGUCUCAUUAAUUCAAGCAGUAAGUGCCAUGUUUUGUGUGUGUGUUCCAGCCCGGGGUCUCUGUCCAAUGGGCCCAAUGCUAACCUGUUGACCAUCCCUAAGCAGAGGUCUUCCUCUGUGACCCUGACCUACCAUGCCGGGCCCAGGAGAGCAGGUGAGACCAUGAGGAUUUACUAUACACACAAGUCUGAUUUACUGUGUGGAAGUGAAAUGUGUUUUUAAGUUGUUUGACUAGCUCUCUCUCUCUCUUACUUUCUCUCUGUCUCCUGAGUGGCGCAGUGGUCUAAGGCACUGCAUCGCAGUGCUAGCUGUGCCACUAGAGAUCCUGGUUCGAAUCCAGGCUCUGUCGCAGCCGGCCGCGACCGGGAGACUAAUGGGCGGCGCACAAUUGGCCCAGCGUUGUCCAGGGUAGGGGAGGGAAUGGCCGGCAGGGAUGUAGCUCAGUUGAUAGAGCAUGGCGUUUGCAACGGCAGGGUUGUGGGUUCGAUUCCCACGGGGGACCAGUAUGAUUAAAAAGAAAAAAAAAAGAAAAAAAAAAAAUAUAUGUAUUCACUAACUGUAAGUCGCUCUGGAAAAGAGCGUCUGCUAAAUGACUAAAAUGUAAAUGUAAAUGUCUCUCUCUCCUAUCUCUCUCUCUCUCUCUCUCUCUCUCUCUCUCUAGGUGCGUCCCCCAGUCUGAGUCCUGUCAGCUCCCCCAGCCACUGUCCACCGGGGGGAGGUCCAUCCUCCCAGGUCACGCGCCCCCCGGUGGAGUUCCCUGACACGGCUGACUUCCUCACCAAGCCCAGCGUCAACCUGCACAAGCCCCUGGGCUACAUCCUCAGCUCCCCUGACUUCCAGGGGCCCUACCGCAGCCCCGCGGCCCUGUGCACCAGGUAGGGCAAUCUACUACCCUCUUCCCCUACCCCCUCCAUUAUAUCCUACUGUUGUAGAGCCAGUUCUGCUGUAGAGUUGCAUUUCACCAUGUGUAUUGAUGAUGUUGGUGGCUGUGUUUGUCCCCCUGCUCACGCGGUAGCUGUGGUCGUCAGAUGCUGAAGAACAUGCCCAGUAUGGAGGCGGGGGAGGGACACCUGCCGUUCACUGGUCAUGCUGAGGCCCAGCGCAGACGCUCAGGUAUGACACCUGCUGGAAUGUAGCCUCACUCUCGCAACACAAACUCACCAGCAUCAUUAACUGGAAUGGAAGUAUGUUGUACAGACACAUAGGCUGCACAGUGUUUUUGUGCACACACCCAUGACUUAGCUUACUGUUUCCACUCUCAAAAGAUUGAAAACCUGCUGAAUCAGAGAGUCAAUUCAUUAGAAUAAUGCUUCACACCUAAAUGUUAAACCAGUUGUCAACUCACUGUGAUGUGCAAUGUGUCUCCUCCACAGCAGGUGAGGGGUCAGAGUUCAUGGGGGAGGCACUGAUCAGGGAGGAGAGUGUGGAGGCCGAGUCGACGGGGGACAGGAGUCCAGAUGCAGGGAGCCGGGGCCAGACAGAUGAGGAGGAGCAGAGCCCCACCACAGAGCAGCAGACUCAGGAAACAGCGGUACGCAGCACUAAUGCUACAGUAUGCUAAGAGGGCAUUCCCACGCAGAGCUAACGGAGGAGUAUGAAUUAUGUACCUUUUGAGAGCAUAUUGAUAGUGCGUUGUUUAGCACAACCUCAUGCAACCUGACACGCCUCCCCUCCGCUACUCCAGCGCGCCUUCCCCAUUGAAAUACAUUGAGUUGGCUCUGUCAUUUUACUCUGUGUUGCUCAGUGUGAAUGCACCCUACUGCUAGGCUAACGUCACAGAGCUGCAGACUUAAGAAACAGAGGUAGGCUACACUAACAUUAGACUAAUGUUAAAUAACAGUAGCUUUGAAGGGAUAUGUCUCAGUCAGUAUUAACACCUUACAGCGUUCGUUAGCCUUCCUGUGUGUAGCAUUGCUGCCGCUGCACUAUCCCAACCAGGAGACUCCCUCUGAGUGAGAUAACACAAUCAGGCCAACACAUGUAACAGAGUAGCUAGCUAUAGUAUGUGUCCUCUAGUUAGUUCUGGGAAUACGGCAAAGGUUUUCCUCAGACACUCAUUGGGUGCAUGUCUUUCAGUCUGUUGUGAUGUAGCUAACAGCCGUGUAAACCCAGUGUGAUGGGGGUAGUGUUGAUCUGGCUCUGUCCUGGAAUGCCCCCUCUGUUUACUUGGGCUGUGCUCUCACUUUCUUUAUUGGACAAACCAAGCCUUGUUAAAUCAAGCCAGCUGUUAAGACAACUGAGUAGGGUUCAUCUGAGGAUUCUGUGGGGUAAUUCUAAAGUGAAUCAUUCAAAAGCAACGCACACAUAGUCAGUCUGGAGCCUGCUUUCAUCCCCAUAUCAGAGGAAUGAGAUUCAUAAGAGUUGCGAUGUGGUGUUUUGGAUAGUCUGGUUGUCUACGGGCCUGUGUGUGUGUGUUUGUGUGUGUGUGUGUGUGUGUGUGUGUUAAUGUGCCUGUGUGUGUUAAUGUGUUGUGUCUGUGUGUUUUAAUGUGUGUCUGUGUGUGUGUUAAUGUACAGUACCAGUCAAAAGUUUGGACACACCUGCUCAUUCAAGGGUUUUUAUUUAUUUCUACUAUUUUCUACAUUGUAGAAUAAUAGUGAAGACAUCAAAACUAUGAAAUAACACAUAAGGAAUCAUGUAGUAACCAAAAAAGUGUUAAACAAAUCAAAAUAUAUUUUAUAUUUGAGAUUCUUCAAAGUAGCCACCUUUUGCCUUGAUGACAGCUUUGCACACUCUUGGCAUUCUCUCAACCAGCUUCAUGAGGUAGUUACCUGGAAUGCAUUUAAAUUAACAGGUGUGCCUUGUUAAAAGUUAAUUUGUGGAAUUUCGUUCCUUCUUAAUGCGUUUGAGCCAAUUAGUUGUGUUGUGACAAGGUAGGGGUGGUAUACAGAAGAUAGCCCUAUUUGGUAAAAGACCAAGUCCAUAUUAUGGCAAGAACAGCUCAAAUAAGCAAAGAGAAACGACAGUCCAUCAUUACUUUAAGACAUGAAGGUCAAUCAAUCUGGAAAAAUUUCAAGAACUUUGAAAGUUUCUUCAAGUGCAGUCGCAAAAACCAUCAAGCGUUAUGAUGAAACUGUCUCUCAUGAGAACCAGCACAGGAAAGGAAUACCCAGAGUUACCUCUGCUGCAGAGGAUAAGUUCAUUAGAGUUACCAGCCUCAGAAAUUGCAGCCCAAAUAAAUGCUUCACAGAGUUCAAGUAACAGACACAUCUCAACAUCAACUGUUCAGAGGAGACUGCGUGAAUCAGGCCUUCAUGGUCGAAUUGCUGCAAAGAAACCACUACUAAAGCACACCAAUAAGAAGAAGAGACUUCCUUGAGCCAAGAAACAUGAGCAAUGGACAUUAGACCGGUGGAAAUCUGUGCUUUGGUCUGUAGUCCAAAUUUGAGAUUUUUGGUUCCAACCGCUGUGUCUUUGUGAGACGCAGUGUAGGUGAACGGAUGAUCUCUGCAUGUGUAGUUCCCAUCAUGAAGCAUGGAGGAGGAGGUGUGAUGGUGUGGGGGUGCUUUGCUGGUGACACUGUCUGUGAUUUAUUUAGAAUUCAAGGCACACUUAACCAGCAUGGCUACCACAGCAUUCUGCAGCGAUACGCCAUCCCAUCUGGUUUGGGCUUAGUGGGACUAUAAUUUGUUUUCCUCCAGGAUGUGUAAGGGCUAUUUGACCAAGAAGGAGAGUGAUGGAGUGCUGAAUCAGAUGAGCUGGCCUCCACAUUCCCCCGACCUCAACCAAAUUGAGAUGGUUUGGGAUGAGUCGGACCACAGAGUGAAGGAAAAGCAGCCAACAAGUGCUCAGCAUAUGUGGGAACUCCUUCAAGACUGUUGGAAAAGCAUUCCAGGUGAAGCUGGUUGAGAGAAUGCCAAGAGUGUGCAAAGCUGUCAUCAAGGCAAAGGGUGGCUAUUUUGAAGAAUCGAAAAUAUAAAAUAUAUUUAGAUUUUUUAAACACUUUUUGGGUUACUAAAUGAUUCCAUAUGUGUUAUUUCAUAGUUUUGAUGUCUUCACUAUUAUUCUACAAGGUAGAAAAUAGUAAAAAUAAAGAAUAACCCUUGAAUGAAUAGGUGUGGCCAAAUGUUUGACUGGUACUGUAUGUGUUUUAAUGAGUGUGUGUUUUAAUGUUUGUGUGUGUGUGCGUGUGUGCGUGCGUGCGUGCGUGCCUGCCUGCCUGCCUGCCUGCCUGCCUGCCUGCGUGCAUGCCUGCGUGCGUGCCUGCCUGCAUGUGUGUUCAUCUAAACGUAUGUGUGUCUUAAAAAUGUGUGUGUGUGUUUAAAAUGUGUGUGUGCUGUGGUCCUCUCCUGCCUGUAGGGUGAGUUCAGACUAGACCCCCUGCUGGAGAACCACGAUGAACUCAUGGAGAAGAUCAACAGUUGGAACUUCCAGAUCUUUGACCUGAUGGACAGAACAGGAGGGAAGACAGGAAGAAUACUCAGCUACGUCAGUACAACCACAUACCAACCAUAUAGCAACCAUCUAUCUGUCAUUACUCCAUGAUCUGUUACAUCUAUUCAUAUUUGAAUAAGCAACACCUGGGUUGUAUCCCAAAUGGCACCCUAUUCCCUAUAUAGUGCACUAAUUUUGAUCAGGGCCCACAGGCCCAAAAGUAGUUUUGUGAUGCAGCCAUUGAAUGUAUUUAUUUGGAGAAACUCACUUGACUGAUUGUUUUGAAUGUUGAAAACAGUAUGAUCCCCAUUACUGAUAUUUGACUGAAUGAUGUCCCGAAUGCUCAUAGUGUUCUUGGUGAUUUCUCUAUGUGCUGUUUUGAGUACACUGUGUUCUCCCAGUGUCUCACUGUCUGUCUCUGAGGGGAAAGACUUGGUUAAUGUGUAUUGUUUUGAUUUGGGUUUUAAAUUAACAUAGGUGUUUUAUGUGUUGUCUUUCUCCCCAGGUGACCUACACUCUGUUCCAGGACACUUGUCUGUUUGAGAUGUUUAAGAUCCCUGUGAGGGAGUUCAUGUCCUACUUCUGUGCACUGGAGAACGGCUAUAGGGAUAUUCCCUGUGAGUAUAGUGCUGCCUAUGCUUUCUUCAGUCCAGGCACAAAGCCCAUAUUAACACUUGGUGUAUUGUCUACUCAGAUGUAGAAAUGAUCAGACCUGGGUCAAAUACAUGAAGGUAUGGGCCUCCCGAGUGGCGCAGCAGUCGAAGACACUGCAUCGUGACGCUUGAGGAGUCACUACAGACCCGGGUUCGAUCCCAGGCUGUGUCACAACCGGCCGUGACCGGGAGUCCCAUAGGGCAGCACACAAUUGGCCCAGCGUUGUCCGGGUUAGGGGAGGGUUUGGCCAGGGGGGCUUUUCUUGGCUCAUCGCGCUCUAGCGAUUCCUUGUGGCGGGCCGGGCGCCUGCAGGCUGACUUCGGUCGUCAGUUGAACGGUGUUUCCUCCGAUGCAUUGGUGCGGCUGGCUUCCGGGUUAAGCGGGCGGGUGUUACGGAGCACGGUUUGGCGGGUCAUGUUUCGGAGGACGCAUGGCUCGACCUUCGCCUCUCCCGAGCCCGUUGGGGUGUUGGUGCAAUGAGACAAGAUCGUAGUUGGAUAUGACGAAAAAGGGGGGUAAAAAAAUUAACAAAAUAAAAAAUAAACAUUAAAGUAUGAGAAGUGCGCUUAAUGUAGCUUAAUUACGCUAGUUUAGACUAUUCCAGCUAAAUCAUGCCCAGUUCAAGUAUUAUUUGAAAUUAUUUAACCCAGGUCUAGAAACUAACCAUAGGGUUGUCAUGAAGUAGAAAUGAAUCCCCAUAAUAGGCCUACAGUACCUGACAGUUCACUACAUACAGCAUGACAUGCAGACAUGCACCAUCAUAUGUAAUAGUAGCUUCUACCUCAUGUACAUGUGGUGAGUGUGAAGUAUUACUGUGACUGAUGUGUGAUGUCCUGUGUGAAUCUCUGCCUGUACUCAGAUCAUAACCGGGUCCAUGCCACUGAUGUGCUCCAUGCUGUCUGGUACCUGACCACCCGGCCUGUCCCAGGGUUCCAGCAGAUCCACAACGAGCAUGUGACAGGAAGUGACACAGGUAGCACUAUUUCUGUUCCCUUUAUUUCAUUUUGCCUCAGUAGGUAUAGUUCUGGACUUCCCCAAGCCCUCAUUUAUUUCCAUAAAAUACCACAAUAUGCCACAUAUUUAUUAACAUAAUUAGUGUGGUUGCUGAAGAUUUUCAUACAUACAGUGAGGGGAAAAAAGUAUUUGAUCCCCUGCUGAUUUUGUACGUUUGCCCACUGACAAAGAAAUGAUCAGUCUAUCAUUUUAAUGGUAGGUUUAUUUGAACAGUGAGAGACAGAAUAACAACAAAAAAAUCCAGAAAAACGCAUGUCAAAAAUGUUAUAAAUUGAUUUGCAUUUUAAUGAGGGAAAUAAGUAUUUGACCCCCUCUCAAUCAGAAAGAUUUCUGGCUCCCAGGUGUCUUUUAUACAGGUAACGAGCUGAGAUUAGGAGCACACUCUUAAAGGGAGUGCUCCUAAUCUCAGUUUGUUAGCUGUAUAAAAGACACCUGUCCACAGAAGCAAUCAAUCAAUCAGAUUCCAAACUCUCCACCAUGGCCAAGACCAAAGAGCUCUCCAAGGAUGUCAGGGACAAGAUUGUAGACCUACACAAGGCUGGAAUGGGCUACAAGACCAUCGCCAAGCAGCUUGGUGAGAAGGUGACAACAGUUGGUGCGAUUAUUCACAAAUGGAAGAAACACAAAAGAACUGUCAAUCUCCCUCGGCUUGGAGCUCCAUGCAAGAUCUCACCUCGUGGAGUUGCAAUGAUCAUGAGAACGGUGAGGAAUCAGCCCAGAACUACACGGGAGGAUCUUGUCAAUGAUCUCAAGGCAGCUGGGACCAUAGUCACCAAGAAAACAAUUGGUAACACACUGAAAUCCUGCAGCGCCCGCAAGGUCCCCCUGCUCAAGAAAGCACAUAUACAGGCCCGUCUGAAGUUUGCCAAUGAACAUCUGAAUGAUUCAGAGGAGAACUGGGUGAAAGUGUUGUGGUCAGAUGAGAACAAAAUGGAGCUCUUUGGCAUCAACUCAACUCGCCGUGUUUGGAGGAGGAGGAAUGCUGCCUAUGACCCCAAGAACACCAUCCCCACCGUCAAACAUGGAGGUGGAAACAUUAUGCUUUGGGGGUGUUUUUCUGCUAAGGGGACAGGACAACUUCACCGCAUCAAAGGGACGAUGGACGGGGCCAUGUACCGUCAAAUCUUGGGUGAGAACCUCCUUCAAACCUUAAUCCCAUAGAAAAUCUGUGGAGAGACGAAACCUUAAUGACUUGGAGAAGAUCUGCAAAGAGGAGUGGGACAAAAUCCUUCCUGAGAUGUGUGCAAACCUGGUGGCCAACUACAAGAAAGGUCUGACCUCUGUGAUUGCCAACAAGGGUUUUGCCACCAAGUACUAAGUCAUGUUUUGCAGAGGGGUCAAAUACUUAUUUCCCUCAUUAAAAUGCAAAUCAAUUAAUACAAUUUUUGACAUGCGUUUUUCUGGAUUUCUUUGUUGUUAUUCUGUCUCUCACUGUUCAAAUAAACCUACCAUUAAAAUUAUAGACUGAUCAUUUCUUUGUCAGUGGGCAAACAUCAGCAGGGGAUCAAAUACUUUUUUCCCUCACUGUACUUCUUAUUAUUAGUGAACUUGCUGAAGGCAAGACCGUUCUAGAUUUCUUACAUACUUCUUAUUAUUAGUGAACUUGCUGAAGGCAAGACCGUUCUAGAUUUCUUACAUACUUAUUAUUAUUAGUGUGCUUACUGAAGGCAAGACUGUUCUAGAUUUCACACAUACUUCUUAUUAUUAGUGUGCUUGCUGAAGGCAAGACCGCUCUAGAUUUCUUACAUACUCUUAUUAUUUGAUUUCUUCCGCCCGCUCUAGAGCUAAAACAAUUGAAGCUUUUUAACAAGAAACCAACUUCCAAAUGUGCAGACUGCCCCAACUUAGAUUGCUUGACAAAAUGUUUCUUAUGUCAUUUAUAAUUUUUGAACUACAACAAUAUUUAAAAUGAUCUCCAAUGUAUUUCAAUGGCAAGAAUUCUAGACCUAUCUCCUCUUUCACCGUUUAAGCUAUCAAUGCUAAACCAAUGUUGAAAUGUUCAGACUGACCCUACUUAGAUUUUAUACAGAUUUUUUAUACGAUUUAUACUUUUUUUAUUAUAACAAAUUAAUCUACAAGACCAACUUUCAAAUGUUCAGACUUCAAAUUCUUUAAAACCUUUAUAAACUAUAAAACCAUUUUCAUUUGCAUAGAUUUACAUAACAUGGAUUCAUUGCCAACCAUAAGAAGUGGUAGACAUUUUAAAUGCUACUGCUUUUUAACCAUUUCAACCACAAACAUUAAAACAACUUAAACAUUUUCCAAGCAAAAUUAAUUAACAUGGGGUUUGAAUGAGAACCAUAGAAAUACAGUGGUAGCAAAAUUAAGUUACAAGACCAACUUUAAAACAUUCAGGCUAUCCUAACUUAAAAUGCUCUAACACACCUUCAUAAACUAUUUUAAUGUAUAAUAAAUUAGCAUAACACUUAAUGGAUUCAAUUUCAACCAUGAGAACACAGUGGUAGUCAUUUGCAAUGCUACUGCUCUUUAACCAUUUCAGCUACAUACAUUAAAACAACUUCAAAACGUUAUAAACUAUAACAAUUCAAAUUAGCAUAAAUUGGCAUUUAAUAACCCACCAAUAAUACUAGUAACUCUUGAACUGUUCAACCUAGAGACACCAAACCAACUUUCACAUGUUCAUGGUAGGCUAUUCUAUCAACCAAUCAUUCAAUUCUCCCAUCUAGCUACUUUUUCUACUUUAACCAGUAGUGUUAGUAUUGUAGUCACUAUAACUACUCUAACUUAUUUCACAACCAUAAAUACUUUAAGACAUGCUAGCAAGCACACAUUUUCUUUAGGAAAUGUACUUUUCUAGUUCUAUGAUAGCCUCUUGAUGUACCAGUGUAGGCAUUCCUGUAGUGUGUGGCCUUUUCUCGGCAGACACCAGAUGGUUUAGUUUAAAAUGCCUGGAUCCCCAGUCCCGUCCCUGCUAAUUAUAUUUUAUGUACUGCUUCCUUGAUCCAUCGGAAAUUAUUUAAGGCUCGCUUGCUGACCGAUCCUUCAGUAGCUGCCAGAGGAGCAGCUGCCUUCUGAUAAAGAGAGGGGGAUGGAAGGGUGGAGAAACAGAGAGGAAGAGAGAGGGGGGAGAUGGGGUGGUGAGCAAGCCUCUGUCGUGAUAGAGAUCUGUCUGUGCUGAGCUCAGCGUGUUUAGGGCUUAUUUUGGGCCUUUUCAUUUUUCUAAUGGAGUGCAGUAGUCUGAGUCACUGGGCCACCAGCUUAACCUGCCUGUACACUUCCUACUCUACAAACUAGUUCCCUGUUUUCACUUUAUAAUACAGUCAAGUCUUCUCCAGUAAACUCCAGUUAUGAUGUAGUGUCAGUGUGAGGUCCCAGUAUGUCGUAGCUGAAAGCAGCUGUCUGUGUCUUCUCUCUAGAUUCAGACAGUGGGAUCUCGCCGGGUCGGGUAUCAUACGCCUCCUCCAAGAGCUCGUCCAUCUCUGACGACAGCUACGGCUGCCUGGCAUGGAACAUCCCUGCUCUGGAACUCAUGGCACUAUAUGUAGCAGCUGCAAUGCAUGACUAUGACCACCCUGGUCGCACAAACGCCUUCCUCGUAGCCACUAACGCAGCUCAGGUAAGUCUUAUUAUCCCCAAAGCCACUGCUCUACCAUCUCAGCUAGCUAACCCACACCUGUUCAACAGUAAAACCUGUAUCAGGAAGAGAAAGUUCAACCUAUCCUGUCACUUCAGUAAGUUCCCAUUUGUGUUCCCACAUGCUGUUAAGACCUACGAAAGGGGAAGUGUUUUGUUUGUGUCACAGACAGCAUUCAUUUGGUCCCUGUGACUCAUAGAUGAGAUGUUUAUUGGCCUAAAGGCUUCUACAUAGGCAGGUUCUAAUCAGUCUUGGAUCUCAUGGUAAAAGUAAUGAAGAGAGGGACUGGUAUAAUAUUACAUUUAGUUCACAUGUCAGGGAAAGGUUCCCACAAAUCCUGAGAAUUCUGCGAAUUCCUUUUCUUGCUGCAACAUUAUGGCAAAGGUUGGCAAACAAACUAUACCACUGUAUAAAUAGUGUUUUGCAGUGUCAUGAACGAUUAUAGCACUGUGCAUACUGUCUGGGUUGUGUAAAUGUCCCAGGAAAAGGAUUUCCUGAAAAGAGAGUCAACCCUGACAUAUUGAUUAACAGUAUGUUGACAGUCAGUCAAUCACCCACCUGGCCACCAUUUCUAGACUGGCUGCAUUAUUUAGUCUGAAGCACACUGACCCCAAUUCCUCUCACCUGCUCACCCCUCCUUAUUUUACCAUUCUCUUCUUCAACCUCCUCUUUCCCAUUUUACCCUCUCCUUUCUUCUUCUUGUCCUCUGACCCCACCCGCAUCCCUCUCCACUACACACUCUCUUCUUCCCUCAUCCACCUAUCCUCUCCUUCUCCUCUACCUCUGUCACAUCCCUCUGUUCACCAGGCUGUGUUGUAUAAUGACCGUUCUGUCCUGGAGAACCACCACGCUGCGUCGGCCUGGAGCCUCUACCUGUCCCGGCCAGAGUUCAACUUCCUGGCCAACCUGGACCACGUGGAGUUCAAACGCUUUCGCUUCCUGGUCAUUGAGGCCAUCCUCGCCACAGACCUGAAGAAGCACUUUGACUUCCUUGCCGAGUUCAAUUCAAAGGUUUGAGAUGAUGAUGACGAACCUCACAUUCUCAGAAAAUCUGUUGCCAUUCUGUUGAUACUUAGUUUUUGUUUUUCCUGUCAUUUCGAUACUGGCAAAGGCAAUAACAAUAAGUCUUAUCUAAAUGGCUAAUAGAGUUGAUACUUAAAAGAACACGCUGCAUUUAUAUUAGAAAUGAGGAGCCUGGCAGUCAUAAUCACUGUGUGAAUGUUUGUGUUGCUAUAUAUAGGUGAAUGAUGUGAACAGUCCAGGAAUCGACUGGACUAAUGAGAAUGACCGGCUGCUGGUGUGCCAAGUCUGCAUUAAGCUGGCAGACAUCAACGGGCCGGCCAAAGGGCGUGAUCUGCACCUCAAGUGGACAGAAGGCAUUGUCAAUGAGUUUUAUGAGCAGGUAUGGAACCCCUCCACACAGCAUGGCCCAAAUGUCAGGUUAGCAAUGUAAUGUAAUGCCAUGCCAUCCUGUUAUACAGUAUCACUAGUUGGCCACCAGGUUUGCACACAUCUCAGGAGGGAUUUUGUCCCACUCCUCUUUGCAGAUCUUCUCCGAGUCAUUAAGGUUUCAAGCCUGACGUUUGGCAACUCGAACCUUCAGCUCCCUCCACAGAUUUUCUAUGGGAUUAAGGUAUGGAGACUGGCUAGGCCACUCCAGGACCUUAAUGUGCUUCUUCUUGAGCCACUCCUUUGUUGCCUUGGCCGUAUGUUUUGGGUCAUUGUCAUGCUGGAAUACCCAUCCACGACCCAUUUUCAAUGCCCUGGCUGAGGGAAGGAGGUUCUCACCCAAGAUUUGACGGUACAUGGCGCCGUCCAUCGUACCUUUGAUGCGGUGAAGUUGUCCUGUCCCCUUAGCAGAAAAACACCCCAAAGCAUAAUGUUUCCACCUCCAUUUUUGACGGUGGGGAUGGUGUUCUUGGGGUCAUAGGCAGCAUUCCUCCUCCUCCAAACACGGCGAGUUGAGUUGAUGCCAAAGAGCUCGAUUUUGGUCUCAUCUGACCACAACUCUUUCACCCAGUUCUCCUCUGAAUCAUUCAGAUGUUCAUUGGCAAACUUCAGACGACCCUGUAUAUGUGCUUUCUUGAGCAGGUGGACCUUGCGGGCGCUGCAUGAUUUCAGUCCUUCAUGGCGUAGUGUGUUACCAAUUGUUUUCUUGGUGACUAUGGUCCCAGCUGCCUUGAGAUCAUUGACAAGAUCCUCCCGUGUAGUUCUGGGCUGAUUCCUCAACGUUCUCAUGAUCAUUGCAACUCCACGAGGUGAGAUCUUGCAUGGAGCCCCAGGCCGAGGGAGAUUGACAGUUCUUUUGUGUUUCUUCCAUUUGCGAAUAAUCGCACCAACUGUUGUCACCUUCUCACCAAGCUGCUUGGUGAUGGUCUUGUAGCCCAUUCCAGCCUUGUGUUGGUCUACAAUCUUGUCCCUGAUAUCCUUGGAGAGCUCUUUGGUCUUGGCCAUGGUGGAGAGUUUGGAAUCUGAUUGAUUUAUUGCUUCUGUGGACAGGUGUCUUUUAUACAGGCAACAAGCUGAGAUUAGGAGCACUCCCUUUAAGAGUGUGCUCCUAAUCUCAGUUCGUUACCUGUAUAAAAGACACCUGGGAGCCAGAAAUCUUUCUGAUUGAGAGGGGGUCAAAUACUUAUUUCCCUCAUUAAAAUGCAAAUCAAUUUAUAACAUUUUUGACAUGCAUUUUUCUGGAUUUUUUUGUUGUUAUUCUGUCUCUCACUGUUCAAAUAAACCUACCAUUAAAAUUAUAGACUGAUCAUUUCUUUGUCAGUGGGCAAACGUACAAAAUCAGCAGGGGAUCAAAUACUUUUUUCCCUCACUGUAGCCUACCCAGAACUGUUGCUUCACAUAUCACAUUGCCCAGUGUUUCCCAACCAUGGUCCUCGAGUAUGCCGAACAGUACACAUUGUUGUAGUAGGCCUGGACAAACACCUCAUUCAACUCAUUGAGGGCUUGAUGAUUAGUUGACAAGUUGAAUCAGGUGUGCUUGUCCAGGGUUCCAAUAAAAAUGUGUGCUGUUGGGGGUAAUGGAGGACCAGGGUUGGGGAACACUGACAUAGCCUACCCAGAACUGUUGCUUCAUUUUCUGCUGUCUCUUACUGCUAGAAUCAACAUUUAGGAUGUGAAGUUAAAUUACCGGUAGAUUAAUGAAUAAAAUAAUCUUAAUUGACAAAUUAUUGAAAAUGUUUGUCUGCCUGUCUUAUCAUCUACAGGGGGAUGAGGAGGCCACUUUGGGAUUACCCAUCAGCCCCUUCAUGGACCGCUCCUCUCCCCAGCUGGCCAAGCUGCAGGAGUCCUUCAUCACACACAUCGUGGGGCCGCUCUGCAACUCGUACGACGCCGCUGGCCUGCUCCCUGGCUACUGGAUCGACGAGGAGCGCUCUGAGGAUGAGGAUGAGGAAGAGCAGGCAGAGGACACAGAGACUGAUGAAGACGAGUUGGAGGAGGAGCUCGAACCAAGUAAGACAUGUCAUUUUUCACGCUUCUAUCAUUCUGAGUUGAUAUAUGAUUUAUGAAUUAAUACAUUUAUCGUUUUAACAUUGAGCAUUUAACAUUUCCAUCAAGAGCAGGACGUUUAUUUGAUUGUUGCUAUUGCGACUAAAAAGCUAUGGGAUGUUAAAUCCUUUUUUGUGUGUUGUCCCAUGCAGAAAGGAGAAAGGGCCGGCGUCGGCUGUUCUGCAACAUCAUGCAGCACCUGACGGAGAACCACAAGGUGUGGAAGAAGACCAUCGAGGAGGAGGAGAAGAGCAAGGAGAAGCAGCAGGCCAACAGCCUGCCUCCCAGCCUGCCCCCUUCACCCUCUGACGACCAGAUCCAAGUCAUUCAGGAGGAGGAGGAAGGAGAGGAGCGCCAGUAG